GCUCUGCGGCGCCCAAUGAGUUCUUGCUGCGCGUCCUCUGGCCUGGCCGGGCUGGGUCCGUCACUUCCUGCCCCCUGUAGCCGGCACGACCGAGCCUGAAAUCCCAGGGAAGAGGAGGUGGAGGUGGCGGCCGUGGAGGCGGAGGAGGAGGAGGAAGAGGAGGAGGAGGGGGGCGGGGAGCAGGGAGGUUGAGCUGCGUUCGCCACCAACAUGCCCUUUGAUUUCAGGAGGUGAGUGCGGGCGGCGUCCCCAGAAAAGGGGUGUGUGAGAGAAUGAAUGGAUGCAUGCAUGCAUGCAUGUGCAGGGAGAGCCUUUGCAGCAAGCGGUGGGGGGUGGGGUGGGGGGCGCAGUGCACACGGCGACCCAUCCCACUCCGCACCCCCCAAUAUUAAGCUAGUGCAGCUGUCAUCUUUCCCAUCAGGAUGUGGGGAGCGGGGCACACGCCACGGUCCCUCGGGUGCGGAGCGCCCCUCUGCGGUGCUCGGUGGACGGGGAAAGGAAAGCGGGUGGGGGGCAUCCAAUUUAUGGGCCCAUUUGGGCAGUUGUUUACUAUAAAAAUCCAUGAAAAAGGCUUAGCCUCGGGUUGUAGAACAAAGCCCACAUCUCACUUCUUUUAAAAUUAUUAUGAUCUUUAAUCUAAGAGUAAUAAAGGGUGCCAGGCAGAGCAGGCCCCGCCCCAGCCAUAACCCUCUGAUCCCUAGAAUUCCUUAAAAAAGGGGGGGAAAGGUGAGUUUCUAGCACUUGUGAGACCUGAGAUAUGAGGCAAAAUGUAUAGCUCACAGAUAUGAGGCCAAAUGUACUGUUCUUCUCUUUUUGUGUGUAAUAGUCUGCCCCCCCAUUCAGUGUUUUGCUUUGUCCCACCCCCGAAAACUUCUGUCAAAUGCCCAUGUUUCCCUCAAGUCCCUUCUGCCCUAUGAAUAGUGAUUUCUGUACUUGAAGCAUGAAUGUGAGGUAGCAGUCACUGGGGCAGAUCUGAUUUGAAGAAGGGUAUGAAGUGCAUUCACUUUGCCAACACUGAGGCAAAAGAAGGUGAUGGUGGGAAGCAGUGGUAAAAAUGGAGUUUGAUGAGCAGGAUGCUGUAGGCCGAUAGAGUUGGCCCACUUAUUCCUUCCCCCUUCUCAAAAGUGGCUCUUGAGCAAAACUGGAUGCUUCUUAGGGUCAUAAAGGGUGCGCUGAGAUGAGUGACUGACAGCGGAAUCCUAUGCAUGUCUACUCGAAGUCUUAAUGAGUUCAGUAGGUAUGUAGAAGUCAGAAUGAAUUGAAAGGAAUAGAAGUGGAAAUGCCCAGUAGCUGGUUUGAGAUGAGCUCUUUUAGUCCCCAAGAUAAAAGCAUGGUGACUCAAAGGAGAAUAGUAAUAAGGUGUGUGUCCUGGACGCAGCUGGAUAGAACAAUAAGAGUUAAGGAGAGUAGGUACACAGGAAAGCUGAGAUUUAUUUCAAUCACACACUCACAAAUAGCAUGCUGAUUUCCCUUUCAAUUGUCUGCCAAAGUAGUCUUGGCUGUUAUAUCAGAUGCAUUGGUUCCGUCAUGAAACUGCUUAUGAUGCCAGCGAGGUGCCACACAUUCCUUUGCAUAAGUCUUUUGUUCCCAUCCCCAACAAAUGACGUUCUGUCAUUUGGCCCUUCUUUAUAUCAGCCUUUCUGCCUGUUUCCAUAGUGCUAUAUAAGACUUGUGAACCCUUUUUUAAAAACAAGAGUUUGCUGCCAUACCUUCUAUUCCUUCUGCCCCUGUUCAUUCCAGCUAAUGUAACAUUUCUAUUAUGCAUUGCAGUCUGAAAAAGACUAUAUUAUUGCAAAACGGCAUUUCCCUUAAUCCUUACUAUUUUCAGCCAUUAUCCCAUUGUAUUAUAAGAUCCUCAAAUGGAUCGGUUGAAAUUUGUUCUGUGCAAGCUGUGUUAAUAUGCAGCAGUGGGAGGGAACCUGUGGUCCCCUAUAGAUUUUACUGGACUACCACUCCCAUCACCUCUUGACCAGCGGCAUGCUGGCUGGGGCUGAUGGAAGUUGGAGUCUGAUAACAUGUGGAGGGCUACAGGUCCUCCUCACCCCACACCCCAUUUUACAGGAUUGCAGGCUUUUAAACUGCACUUUAAAAAUGCUUCUUCACUGAAACAGUUCUUCCUUUAUUUUGGGGUGUAGAUAGUUUGUAGUGCCCUUAUAAAGUUCUUUUUCUGCAACCGAGUGAGACAAGUGAAUCUUGUUCUCUGGCUCUUCUGUUGGUAGGCAUGCCUGAGAGAACAGUUUCUGUUUGCUAGUCUCAAGGUGCUUGAUGCCAAAGAUUCCACAGCCAAGCUUGAAAACCUCAUUUGCCCUCAUAACAUGGGGCAGUUCCCUGUGUACUUCCUUCCACCUGCGUCUUGAGAGGGUACCACCUCUGCAUACAUUUACUAGGUGUGCUUACAUCUUUCCCUGAGGGGUGGGGAAACACAGGUGAGGAUGUUGUCCUUAUAAAUGGAAGCAUGCUAUUAUUAUAUAACACUUCAGAUGCACCUAGUAUUUUGUGAGGUCCCUGCCCCAAGGCCUUAUGACAUAAGUUAACACACAAGCAGCAGGCAUAAAGGGAGGGUGUGGUGGCCUGACGACUGGACAUAGGGUGGUUGCAUGCAAAGUGUAGUUUUGGAGGAGCAUGUAGGUGUGUAGAAGGUUAAGGAUUUUCCAAACAUAUUAUUAUUAUUAUAUAACAUGUUACUCUUUCUCCAUCAGAUACUUCAAGGCACCUGGGUGUGUUGGGGAAGGAAAUCUCAGGGUAUAGUUGAAUAAUUCAUGCCUCCUUAAAGUGGCAAUGGAAAAACACUUGUUCUCCACAACACAAACAAUGACCAGGAAACAUGGGACAAUGGCAUAUAUUGUGCUUUUCUUGUCAGUAGAGGUGCCUAAUCUCUGCACUUGUUUGACUAACAUAUAUUAAAAUUUAUUUGGGAAGCUGUCCAGGUACUAAUGCUGCUUGUCAUGCUCAGCAGGAAUUAUUAUGCAAAGUAUUUUGAAUAGGAAGCAUUAUAUUAAGAGUGUUUGUCUUUGAGUGAUCUGGAAUUUGUUCUGCUCCUGUUGACAAACAUGAAUACUUGAAUGAUAAGGAACAUUGUUUUCUGUUCCCUUUAUGUAUUUUAAAUGUGCUGGAUUAGUUUGAGACGGAUGCUUGGCUAAGGUUUCAGAUACUCUUAGUGCUUUUCUUUAACUUGUGACUUAAUUUCCCAAUCUCAAACUCUUUAAAAAAUAAACAAAUCUUUCAGUUGCAUUUGUAUCUUACCCUUUAUCUCAGGAGCCUAGAGCAGCAAGCAUGGAAGGAUUCAAUUUCCCCCAAAUUCACCAGUAUAACUCCUACAUAGAACUCUUCUGAAUUGGAACCAGAAGUGAAUAGGUAAUCCAUAUGGUACAGAAAGCUCCCUUAAACUGAAUCAGACUAUUGGUCUCUCUUGUUCGGUCUUGGCUACUGCACACUGAUUGGCAGCAGUUUCCCAGAAUAGACAGGAAUCUCUACCUGGAAAUCCUUGGGAUAGACCCUGAGGCUUUCUGCCUGUAGCUCAUGCGUGCUUCCACAGAGCUACAGCACAUAAAUAUCUCAUGUCACCCAACUCCUGCCAGUAGACAGGAUGAAAUUUCUGAACAGCCUUCAGGGGCUACCAUUGGAGUGCAUUGUAUUAGUCAGGCCUACCUGGCUGAUCACAGAGGCAACUAAGCCCCUUUUAGUCAUAACCUCUUGCACUGUGCCAAAGGGCAGUCAUUAUUGCAUGAUUCCUCCUCCCCCUCCUGGUUCCAGACUUGUCCCUCCUGCCACCAAUUUUCUUUUAAUCUGUUAGAUAGAGCUUCCUAUUUAGUGCUUAGCUGCACAAACCUGUUCAUGGAAGUAAGCUCUGCUGUAUUCAGUGGGGUUUAUUGUUGUGAAAUUGUGUGCAACAUUGCUACUUUAGUUUACCUUUACAGAUGGCAAAUAUCUUGUUUCUUCCAUGCUUGGUUACUUGGAAGUCAGGUGUUUUAAGCUGCCGCAAGAACCUUAUUGCUACCUCAUUUCCUUCAUAAGUUGCCCAGAACGAUAUGUGGCCCAGAAUGUAAUAUCUGUGUGCCUAAAUAGUCCAGUUCUGUUCCCAGCAGCUAGACAAACAGUGAACAUGCAGUAGAAAUACUCCCCCACACUCCAUAAAUAUCCCUCAUUAAAGGAAUAACCCGUCUGCAAAUGCGCCAAGUAAAGAACCAGAGCUGCAAGCCUUAAGAGUGGAGUCUCUACACAGGCAACACUAAGAUGUGAAUUUUAAAUUACGUAUUGAUGUACUGGGGUGUGCAGUUUGCUUCUUCCUCCAAUGUAGUCUUCUCCAACCUGCUACCUGCCAGAUGUUUGGACUAUAGUUGUCAACUGCCUGAGCCAGUGCUGGACUGGGGUGAUUGAUGAGAGUUUUAAGUCCAGAAUUUCUGGAAGGCACCAGGUUAGAGAAGGUGGCGUACAUGGAUAGAUAAGAUUCCCUUUCCUGCCAAUUACUAUUACUUUCUGAUAGCAGAUUCCAUGAUGGCCUGCCUUUGAAAUAAUGGUUUUCUGCUCUGUGUUAGUUAUCUGGUAGCUGACUCAGUGCUUCUUCCACUGCUUCUUUCUUGAUUUUUUUCCUCUGAGUCCCCCCCACAAAGGACCUUGACACUUAAUCAUUUGCUAGUGUAUAUAGAUCUCAUAUAAUUGGCUAUUGGGGGAAAUAAGUAUUUGACAGUGCAAUCCUAUACAUGUCUAUUCAGAAUCAAUCCUCAUUUGUGUCCAGUGGGACCUAUAUUCAUGGAAGUAUGUUAAGUAUUGAACUGUAUAAGAAAUGGCUUUUCUGGAGAACUGUAUUCAUCUGUUGAUUUGAUAACUUGUACUGCUUGUUCUUCCCAUAAUCCUUACAUGGGCCGUGAUAAAGCAGAGCAGUUUAUGAGCAAAAUUAUGUACUAAAUUGGUUCUGUAAAGAUGUUUGUAUAGUCUUUCCAUGUGGAACAUAAUGUUAGUCCUGAGGCUAUGCGGCAGUAGGUGUAUUUUUUUAUAAUAAACAAGAGAUAAGAGAUACAGCCUGUGUAAACUCCUUGUUUAGUAAAUCAACUGAUAUUAAUGCUCUGACAUUUUCUAGCACCUAGUGACAAUGGUAAGUACCUGGUGGUCACUUAUAAAUGUAACUUCAGUCAGAGCAAUUUCUGACCAUUUACAUCAUCCAACAGGGAUGGGGGAAACCUUGUCUAGCCUAAGGGCUGCAUGCUAGUGAUAGAUGGGUUUAGAGGCAAAAGUGGGUGUGACCACAGAUGUGACCCUUUAACCUUUUCCAGUAGACUUCAUUCCAAGAAGUCUCUCCAUCCUCUAUUUGGGCGAGCAAGAUGCACUGACACAGUUCAAGGGCACAUUCCAGCCAGGUAAAAAGCACCUGAGGGCAUGGAGGAGGGCUGGUGGGGGAGUGUGGUGUGGAGAGAGUCCCGAGUGCCAGAUAGAGGGGCUUCAUUAGGCUUCUAGGCCUCAGGUUCCAUACCUCUGCAAGGGCUUAUGAUGCUACGGCAGCUCUUUGUAUGGGUACCCAAAGUCAAAAAGGAUCUUAUAGAGCUGGAAAGGGUGUGGAAAAGGACAGCCAUAACUAUCAUGGGGUUGAAGCAUCUAACCUGCGAAAAAAGGCUAAAGCACCUGAGGCGUCUUAGAUCUGGAAAAAGACGGCUAAAGUUUCAUCUAUUCCCCCCACGCCCUUAUUGGAUGUCCCUAUCCUGGGAGGUACAUCCUACUCAUCUUGUUUUAACUGACCAUAUUUUCUAAUAAAUAUAGAACUGUAGAGUUGGAAGGGACCCCAAAAGUCAUCUAGUCCAGCCCCCUGCAAUGUAGGAGUAUAACACAGAAAAGAAUAUAACACAGAAAGGAAUAUAACACAGAAAGUGGGGUGGGGGACUGUAAAGCUGUAAUUCUCACUUUUGACAUUACCACGUCUGUGAUAUCAUUGUUCAAGGGCAACCUGCUUAUGGUAGCAUCUCCUGAAUGUAGUUAGGAGCGGUGGAAGCUGUGAGUGAAGGUGAGUGAGAAUGAUGAACAGAUUAUAUAUAGGCAUCUGUGUUUGCUCAUGGAAAAUAGCAAAAUGUGUAUUAAUGAUGAUCUUAUCCAUUGAACGGCAAUGUGUAAGAAUAAUUUUGCAGUGACUGUGUUACUAAUUUUACUUUGCUUCUAAAACGGUUUUCUAAACAGUUGCUUUGAUUAGUGACCAGCACUCUGAGUUUGGCGAGCAAACUGGUGACCUGAGAUAGCUUGUUGGUAAAGUAACAGAAAUUCAUUACAAAGGUGCCAGUUUUAAUGAUGAAGAGAAGAAGCUUUUAAUUUGCUUGCUCAAGUGUACAAGAAAGUCAAAAUACAUGAAAUACAGUAUAUGCUAACUUUUUGGAUUAAAUUUUAAAAUUUAGUUUUGUAGCUAGUAACACUUGUGUGUACUGGAAGUAGUGGAUGAGAAACCAUUUUACACUAUCAGUGGGUUCUAUAAAGGUCUCUACAUUUGCAUAAACCUAAUGGAAUUACUGUGAUUCACUGCACAUAAAACCUCGUAUUUUAGCUCUUAAGUGAAAAGGAUUUUUGGACUUUUGACUUGUUUUCCUUACCAUUGGACCUAAGGCACAUACUCUGAAAUUAAAAUUUGAGAGCCCUUAUAAAAUGUAUUAUAUAAGCUUAUGUGACCCAGUUCUAAUCUCAGGUUGAUGUUAAUUUGGCAAAAGCCUCUGUAUAAUAAAAUAGAAAUCUGGACUUGGUUAGGAAGUCUCUAGUAAUUUUUUUGUGGCUGGUUAGUAAGAACUUAACAAGAGCAACUGUCUUUCUCUCUUCUUAGCUCUGCAAAAUGUGGGUGACUCUGGCUGGAAAACUGGGUUAUAAAUAUGUCUGAAAGCCAGGUGUUGUGGUUGACUUGAGGUAAUGCCGUAUAAACAUAAAAUAUUGUUCUAUUCCACAUGUGGUAUUUUAGUGCCCAGACUGCGCUGGGCACAGUAUGAUUUAAAUAGGGUUUGUGAUGUCAUCUGUCCUUAUUAAGGAGAUACUUAGAAAUAUUUUUGUAGCGCUUUCUCCUCAUAGAGUACAUCCCAGAAUGUUGCUGUAUAACUCAGCAUCUCCUCAAUAUCCUAUUUUCACCAGAACUAAGCAGUACUUGGGUAAGUUGCUAAGGGAAUAUGUGACUGCUGAGAGAAAAUGUUACCCAAUGGGCCCUUUCUGCAGUGGCCCUCCAUUUGUGGAAUGCUCUCCCCAGCGAGGUUUGUCUGGCGCCUUCAUUAUAUAUAUUUUAUGCUCCAGGCAAAACAUUGCUCUUCAACCAAGCAUUGGGAUGAUUACUAUUCUACAGCCUUUUAAAUGUCUUGGUGGGAGAGGGGGUUAUUGUUCUGUUGUUUCUGUUUUAACUACUUAUUUGUGCUUUUAUCUUGUAUUUUUAUCUUGUGGAGCACCUUGAGAUGAAGGGCGGUAUAUAAAUCUAAGAAAUAAAAAUAUAUAUUAACAUAUCUUUGCAAAUGACUUGCCACUUAAACCUUGAAAAGAAUGAUGUUUCACCACAAUAUUAUUUAUUAAACAAUUUCCUGAAAUCAGAUUGACUAGAAUAUUACGCCAUGAGCUUUUGUAGGCUCUGGUUCUGUUUCGUCAGAGGAAGGAAGUAAUUGACUGGGAAGGCAGCAGGUAGGUUUAAUAUGAAAUGUUUGUGACUACCUCGUGAGAAUAUCAAAAUUAUUGAGGUCUUUCUCCAUUAGUUAGAAAUUUGGCACAAGCACAAUUCAAGAAAUCUUUCUUAGUUGCAAAGCGUAGAUCAUGAGCUUCAGGACAUCUUCACAUGUGCAGUGGUGCCUUGUUUUAAGAACAGCUUAGUUUAUGAACAACUUGGAUUAAGAACGCUGCAAACCCGUAAGUAGGUGUUUUGGUUUGUGAACUUUGCUGUGGAAUAAGAACAUGUUGCGCUUCCUGUUUAGUGUGUUCCAUUUGUAAAUUGAGUCCCGUGCUGCUAUGGAAAAGCACGCCUUGCUUUAAGAACAUUUUGGUUGAAGAACAGACUUCCGCAAAGGAUUAAGUUCGUAAACCAAGGUACCACUGUACAGUGGUACCUCGGGUUAAGUACUUAAUUCGUUCUGGAGGUCCGUACUUAACCUGAAACUGUUCUUAACCUGAAGCACCACUUUAGCUAAUGGGGCCUCCUGCUGCUGCUGCGCCGCCGGAGCACGAUUUCUGUUCUCAUCCUGAAGCAAAGUUCUUAACCUGAAGCACUAUUUCUGGGUUAGCAGAGUCUGUAACCUGAAGUGUAUGUAACCUGAGGUACCACUGUACCUGUAUGAGAAGCCAGUAUUCUAUUACAGAGCAUGCUAGACCACAUGGAGCAGAUUGUACUGCUGAAGCGUCCCUUUGUCCUUUUCAGCCAAUACCAGGUAUUUGAUUGGGAAGGAUUUCCAGUGGCAGUCAGUCAUAAAUGGCAGCUCACAGAACACAAAGUGAAUAUAAGUGUGAAUUGAGGGACAGUGGCUCACACAAUGUUAAAGGUAUGGAAACUAGAUAAACAAUUGUGAAUUUGGAUUAAAAAUUGCCUAGUUUCUAAUAAAAAAUACUUACUUAAUUUUUUUUUAAAUUGGAUUUUAAAUUUUAAAUUAAAAAAAUCUGAUUUUAAUGCAAACUGUUAGAAGUUUAAUUUACAGUUUAAUUCAAAACUGAAUCAGUGGCACUCUUAUCAAAACACACUGAAUUAAAAUCCUACUUUUCUCUUAAAAACAAACAAACAAAAACAUAAAACCUCAUACCAUGGUGGGAAACAUCAUAUAUCAUAAUUAUGACACAAAGAUAAUGUGUUAACCUUGAUUGUGAGUUCCCCUGCCAGAGUAAGUCUGGCAGGCCCCUGGUAGGCCCCCCCCCGCUGCGCCAGCUUAGCCAUCUGAGGCCUGGGGCAAUUGUACCCCACUCCUGGCUGGCAGAAGAGAGGGAAAUGUGAUUUCCUGAUUCCAUACCCCGCUGCCAGUCUCAGCACAGCUCCCUAUUCUGUCCCAGAGGGUUCCCCAACCCUCCAAAACACAUUUUACAGAAGCAAAGGGAGCUGCAAGGGGGAAGGAACUACCAAUGAAAAUUGCCUCUUCCCAUAUGUAGGAUCUUAGGAUCCAAGUCAUUGUAGAAAUUACUAUGGCAAAUUAUGGAUGUUUACAGUUGUACCAACAAGGCAGCCUAGGAAAUUUACUUCUAUCUCUCAGAGAAAUACUUCUUUGAUUAGUAAACCACCAGUCCUUCCUUAUGCGAAGUCUUGACCCAUACCUGGUGUAAAGGAGCUUUCCCACAUACCUUUGCUGCCCUUACAAGCUGUGCUAGAAAGAAUUUUUCUUACGUCCUUCAUCAUUCCUUUCUCUGCCUCCUUUCCCUCCCCACUAUUAUUUGUUAUUAAUACAUAUCAAAAUAAUAUAUCAAAAUAAUAUAUCAAAAUAGGUGCCUUUGUUUCUAUUUCAGCGUGGUGUGGACUUGAGUUGCGCAGCUACCUUCAGUUAGUAUAGUGAGAAUCAGGUGAUGUCAAGAUUGCAGUGGUGCCUCUUGCUCUGCAAUCUGCAUUUUAAAGAGCCAGUAGGGAUAUAUUAUUGUGCAUCGUAUUCAUUCAUUGCUUCUCUUGCAGUGACUUUUUUAGGUUUCAGUCCAAAAAUGGGUUGGUCUCCUUGAAUACCACUUCUAUUACUUGAACAUAUUUCUCCUGUUACUUGAAUAUAUUUUCCUCUCUGAUGAUGUAACCAUGUCGCUGGCUGGCUUAAAGAGGAGGGGAAUUCAACAUCAUGCUUAUAUUAUUUAUUUGCUUUUAGACGCUUGCUGCCCAAUAGAAAGGACAGACUUUUGGCAUUAAGCGCAAGCUGAAUCUACAAACUUAGCUUCAAAAGUCAGAUUUGUCUAAUGUGGUUUUUCACACAUUGUCGAAGCCACUUUAACUCUGUAGUAAGCCUGGAAAAUAUUCUGAUAAAGCCAUCAGUGAGGCUUAUCAGACAUGCCUGCAAAAGGUUCAGAGCAAAUCUUCAGUAUACAUGUUCAGUGCACGCACACACAUACAUGCAUUCCCAAAUACUAUUCUAGCCAAGCCUCCAAAUUAGUGAUCUGAACAAACACAGUAGAUAAAGUGUAAUAAUAGUUGGCAUGUGUGUAUCAAAACAAGAAUUCCCAUGACCUGUAGCAGAGUGAGGAUUUUUUUUUUCUGUUAUAAAAUGAUUUUGGAUAUAGUUCCACAAACUUAUGCAAAGCACAGUCUUCAACCACGAUGGAUAGGUGUCUGCAUUUCGUCCUGCUAAAAAAAGCCAGCUAGUGCUUUGCAGGUUGCAUCUAUUUAGGAUGCAAUCCCUUUCAAGCAUUUUCUUAGAAAAUGUUCCCUGGACCUUUUCAGCGCACAUGUAGUCUUUUUCAAGUAGCAUGGCACUUCUUUGCAGCUUACAGUGAUGUGGCCACCAGUUUGCAUAGGAAGCCAGUAAGAUCGAAGGUCUGGAGUUGCAUAGGUUAGUUCACACCAAGAAUGGACACCGGAAACCCCAGUAACUUUUGUGCCUUUUUUGGUGUGUGGCAGGGGACUGCUUUCCUAAUUUCUGGGACCACAGGAGACUCCUCCAUAGAUGUGCCUCUCCUGUGAUAACAAUAAAUGGGCUCAUGAUUGGCACAUAGAUUGCAUUUUGUUUAGCUAGGGAGAUGACUCAAGGGUUUGCAUUUGAAUAUAACCUUCUGUUUUUCAGCUAGGCAACUCAGUAACCCCAGUGUUUUAGCCUCCCGUACUCUUCCUGAGUGAGUACCUCAUUGGUGUUCUGUUCUGCUUAAUGAGAUUAAUAUGCCCGUCCCAAUAGUGCUACAUCCUUGUUUGCUGGCCGCCUGCUCUCCUCCUCUCUUGAGAAACUUCCUCUGCUUAAUUUCAAUUAGCUUUUGAAACUGGAAUUAAAAGGGAGGAGCAGACUGGUUCUGAUUGGUGUUCCUGUUCCUCAGUUCCGAGUGUGGCCAACCAGUAAGUUAAAAGCCAGAGGAGUAAAGGACACUGGAAGAGUGUGCUUAACUUCAUUUUAUCUGUUUGACAGAUGUUAAUCGCUUAGUCACUUAAUAAUCAGUAGGCAUUUAAAACAAACACUUUAUUCAUCCUGCUUAGAAUAGGUGUUUGGUCAGCUUCAUAAAGAUUCAUGUUCAAGUUUUGGAGAAUAACUUCCUUUGUUUUUGUUUUUUUCCAUUCUUACAUGAGUCAUACCUAUGGAGAAAGAUUGCAUUAUGGGACAGUAAUAUUUACACACCUUUCCUGCAGUGUAGCAUAGGGCUAAGAGACUGAGCUAUUAACUGGGAAGGCCUUGGUUUGAAUUGUGCCUCUGCUAUGAACUCCCUGGUUCACCUUAGGUAAAUCACUCUGGUCUCAGCCACAGCCCCCUGCCAUCUGCAUAUGGACAAGAAUGAUACUGGCUUACAUUACAGGGGUGCCACAAAGACUACAACUAGAUAAUGUGUGUGAAGUGCUUUGAAUGUUUGAAAUUGCUAUACAGGUGUUAAGUAUGUAUUGUUAUUGCUUCUGCAAAGGAAAAAAAUUGCGUAACUUGUACUUUCCUCACACAGUUCAUGAUGCAGUUAUGAAGGUUUAGCUGGCUUCAAAAUGUAUAACAAAACUAUGAAGGUUCAUUGGUGCUUACCAAUGGGCAGGACUGGCCAUUCCACUAGAAGCAAUUCAUCUCAGGAAGUAGAUGUUGGGAGUGGCAGCAGCCACAGCCCCUUUCCCUCGCCUCUUGAGCUCCUGGCGAUUCCUCUCUGUCAGAGAUCAGUGCCACAGGCUGAACGAGCCUACUUCCCUCAGGCACACUGGAGGAUGCCAUACCGUUGCCAGUGUUGACGUAAGAUUCAACUGCCAGUCCAUUCAGCUUCUGUGCAUGAAAUGGAGGGGUGGGCCUCAGGGCACCAUCUUGUCUUCUGCCUCAGGCAGCAAAAUGUCUUGGGCUGGCCCUGGUAUUUGUGGUAACUGACGGGAACUUUCGGCUUGCUGUUUUGGGAGAGUAUUCCUGUUGCUGUGCUGCAUUGUCCACAAGUCGCCACAAUUCUGCGGCGUUGUGCUCUAUGCUCCCACCCACACAAAAUGAACUAAGUGAGCAAGAUGCGGUAAAGAGAACAGGGAGAGUAUUUGUGUCCCCUGUGGCUCUUUCCCUUCACUCUACAGCUAUAAAGUAAUGGAGUCCUGCUGCAUAAUGAAGUAUUUCAUUAAAGCUGCCUCAUUUACUUUGUUUUUGGUUACAUUUGUUAUUUCAAGCAGUAUUAUUAUAGUGUAUAAAUACAAUUAUUUGUAUAAAAUAUAAAUGAUUCUGGUGUUUUUGCAUAGUACUGGCAAGGUGAGGAGGAGAGGGGCCUACAACUGUGCCUGUAAUUACCCGUGUGAUAAGCAACAUUGGAAUGUGCUUCACAAUGCAGAGCACCAUGAAAGAGUACUUUGGCCCUUAUGUUCUGGCUUUUUGAGUUGUAGCUCUAUGUGACAGUGUGGUGUAGUGGUUAGAGUGCUGGAUUAGGACCUGGGAGACCAGGGUUCAAAUCCCCACUCAGCCAUGAAGCUCACUGGGACAAUUACUUGCUCUCAGCCUAACUUAACACACAAAGAGUUUUUGUGAGCAUAAAAUGGGGAGAAGAGAACUAUGUAUGCCACACAGAGCUCCUUGGAGUACAGGUGGGAUAUAAAUGCAAUAAAGCUAGAAAAUCCAAAAUGUCUAUCUCAUUGGAAAUGCUUUAUACUGUCGAAUCAGUGGUCCAUCGUGCUCAGACCCUUGUGCCAUCCUGUCUACACAAACUGGCUGUGGCUCUCAGGACUUCAGGCAUUUUUCUCAACUGUCUCUGAAGAUGAUGAUGAUAAUGAUGAUAAUUUAUUUCUACCCCACCCAUCUGACUGGGUUUCUCCAGCCACUCUGGGCGACUGCCAACAGAUGAAAAACGGAAUAAAACAUCACACAUUGAAAACUUCCCUAAGAUGAUGUGGGUUGAACCUGGGGUCUUCUGUAUACAAAACAUACAGUUUACCACUGAACUGUGGCCCUUCUCCAUCUUUUUCCUUAGGUGUAUUGGAUUAGAUAUAAUUGGGCAAUGGAAUUGGACAGUUUCUAGAACUCCGAAAAAACUCUUCCCUUCAGUUGAAGAAAAAUAUGUUUUAAAUGUCACUCUUUUAAAAGGAAAUGAAACAGCAGUGUGAAAGAUGUUGGCAUCUUCUGCAAAUUCUGACCCAUCAUUGUCUACACAAAAAAAACUGGCAGAGCAGCAUUAUAUAAAAAAGUGUGACAGGGCAAUUUGGAAUAAAAUAUUCUUCCCCCCCCCCCUCGACCUAUGUGAUGCCGUAAGUCCUUUUAAACCUUCAAAAAAUCUUGAAAUGAUCUUUCUGCACCUUAUUCCAGAAGUGUUAGUCUUGGGUGGCAAAAAUCACAAAGUGUCUUGUGGCAGCUUAAAAGGCUAACAUGCUUAUUAUGGCAUAAUCUUCCAUGGACUAGACGGCACCAGGUGGCAUAAAUAAAAUUUGUUAAGUUUUUAAAGUAGUAAUGCUCCCUGUUGUUUUUGUCCUUUUUUCUUCUUCUGUACUCAGCACAUGAUUUUAAAAAUGAACUGUGACUUUUUAACCCACUCCUCCCCUUUUCCUUCAUUCCUUUGGACUAGGAUGUGGAAGGGGCUGGCUGAAUUAUGUGGCCUGCUUCUGUUUGAUUCUAAACAACAAGAAGAACAAUCAGUCAGUCAAUCAAUCAAUCAAUCAAUCAAUCAAGCACAUAAAAGCACAACUACAGACACACUAAGCAGGAUUUGUUAUCCAAUUUUGUUGGCUUUUGUGUGAAGGUCUGAAAUAGAAAAAGUGGCAGUGGAUUCUGUAAAACUGCGAAAUUAUCUUGCUCCUUUAAACCUAGAACAGCAACUUCUUCUUUCUUAAUAUUGGUCAUUGUGCUGUUGCACAUUGUUUGUAACAAUAAUUAAGUGCUAAGUCGUAAGACAGAAGCUAUCCAAGUAGGCUUCUGCUUGUAAAUGAGUUUUUUUGCUGUAGCUGAUGCCACAGUUUGAUUUCUCCUGUAUGACUCACUUUAGAAAGUCAUCUUGGGGAUGUGUGAAAAAAUAAAGGGAAUAUUUUAAGAUAAUAAAUAACUUUGUGUGUUCUGUGUAAUCUGAAUAACAAAUGUUGCACUUUUAGUGUGUGCUGGGGGCGGGGAGUUAAAAUUAAGGAGGGCUCCCCACUGCUCUAUUUGGGAGGAGAUGAGUAAUUAUCAUCUGGUGGCUCCUCGGAAAACUAUUUCAAACCUGCAAAAGUUUUAAAUUUGGAAGCUAGAAUGUCAAGGCCUUCAAGUGAUUGAAGUAUUGGGGAAUCAGUUACACAAACUGAACAUCCAUAUUGGAACUCUGGAGGAAGCUAGACCAGCACAACACAGGUUAGUUGGUCUUGCCUGUAACUCAUCUCACUUCCUAGAGAGGAUUGAUGGACUUGGCUGUGCCCUGUCCCCUCGCCCAUAAGAAGAGUUCAGUGAUGGUGGGAAGAAAAUAACCUCAUUGGCCUAUGACCAAUAUAUGCUUUUAAUGUCAGAAUGACCUCAUGAGCCAAGUGACCAUUCCUGUGUCUGCAGUGAGGUCAAAUGCAACCUCAGAAGCAAACGUUAUAAGGUAUUGGACUUUUAAGAGGCUAUUCAGUAGGCUGUCUAAUGGGAGCCAGAAAAAGAUAUCUGAUGGCAGCUCAGGGAGGACCAUUCAGUUCUUGCAAUAAUGUUGGAUUAUCAGUGAGUUAAGACAAAGGUCUGCUCUCCUAUCCCUGCUAUAUUGUGAUAUUAACAAGCAGCUUUUAGUUGGUAAUUGCCAAUACUCAUUACCAUCACUUUUCAUUCUGCAUUCUUGGCAUUUCCUGGCACUACAGGGUCACCAGGUAGACAUUACCUGUGCUAAGUCCAGCCAACCAAGCUUCCUGGCUCUUCUCAACAGAGAGCGCACACUAGCUUGGAAAGGGGCAUAAGAUCCAAGAUGGAUGAAAAGAUUCCUUUGUAAACAUAAUUUAAGAUACUUUGAUAUCCAGUGAGUGGGAAGCUCUGGCAAAUGAUAGGACCAAGUGACAGCACAGACUCUUGAGUGGCCGCACAGAAUGAUAGAGCCCUUGAACAGCAACGUGAGUAGAGUUGACAGCAGCACGUCUACUAGAGAGGUGCAUAGAUGUUGCACAUCUAGUCAGUCUUUUCUCACCUGGGAUUGGCAUCUGCAGCCUCUAGAAAAAAACACAUCUCUGAUCCAAGUCAUCCAAAGGGAAGUUCCAAGCUUGGUAGCUUCCACUAAGGCUACAGGUACAUUUACAGAUCAUGCAUGCAACUACAUACAGACCUGUUUGGUGCAUCUACCUGCACGGCAGGGCAAAUUUAAGUAUGGCCAUGCUACCUUGCAAAUCCAUCCAGUAAGAGUGCUAGCAACCACCAUGGGGUAAAAGGUUGAUUGAUGUUACCUUCUGUAGAGUGCAUAGGAGAGGAACCUUUUAUGGUUUUAUUUUAAGCUUGAGUAAUCUAGCCAUCUCUCUGAGAGAACGUGGUGCUCUUGCCAGGCCCAUGGUAUUGUUUCUGGCUGUUCUAACUGUUUAGGAUUUGAGUGCCUGUGACCUAGCAUUACUAAAGAAGCAAAGAUAAAUUAUCCUGUGGUCAUUGUUUCAGAGCAGUGACCCAAGGAAAAGUUGGAACUCGCUCGUUAUUAAAUAAUACGCUUCUCAACAUGCUUGAUGGGUGUGAUUAAAUGUUGUCCUUUCCUAAAAGGUAUUGAAGGGUUGGGUGGAAUUAAUUUGCUUAGCCUUGGAACCUGUUUUCAGUGCUGUGGCUUAGCUCAGGGGUGAGGAACCUCCUGUUCCAUUGGUCUAACUAGUUCCAAUAUAAGCCCCCCCCCAAAAAAAACCACCUCCCCUUUGCCAACUUGUCCUGCACCUGACAUAUGUCGUGUCAGGUGCAAAGCAGGUAAGGGUAUGGCUCCAAAGGAACAACUAGGAGCUUAAAAUGAGUUCCAGAUUGUUCCUGUGCAAGCUGGCCUUCUUUGUUGAUGGUGCCUUUUGGGUGCUCCCUUACUUUGCAAGUAUAGAUAAUGAUCUUAUCAUUGGUGCUUGCAAAGAGUUGUGCCUUUGACCACAACAGUUUGAUUUCAAACUGUGUAGCUAAAGGAAAAUGAGUCACCUGGCAUUGUUGUAUCAUUGUGUGAUUGACAAUCCUAUUUCUGGAUCCAGUUCUAUACCCGUUUCAUCAGAAUAAAUUGGAAAACAGUGAAUGCCCUUGAAUAUGUGCGGAGUCCUAUAACUGGACUAACUAUGGAGUAACUAGAGUCCUAUAGUUGGGAAUUUGGGGUGGGGGAUAGAUCUGCAGGUCAAAUGGUGCAAAUUCCCAGAUCAGAAUCCCUUAUUUUGUGAACUAAGCAUAUGGAUUUGUGCAUGCACCAUGUACUACAGUCUUGACUUCCCUGUAUGGAUUCUCUCCUACAUCCCUUCAUUUCCACCCCUGGAUUUGUGUGUUGGGUAAAGAAAAUAGCUGUGAGAUUGAAUUUGUAAAAGCAUUGGCCUUUCCUGCAUAUAUUCUCAGAUAUAUCAUGAGAACUUUUAUUAGUUUUCAUAACUAAAGAUAUUGACAUUGGAGGAAGGAAGUUUGCAGGUACCUCCCAAUAUCCUUUCCAAAAGCAUUGUUACAUGGUGAGCUUGUAUAUAUAAUGAAGCUGAAAGGUCAAAAGUUUAUUUAUUUAUUUUGGCCUGUAGUAGAAUAGCCUUUUAGGAACUGCUAUUUAAAAAAUAGCAACAAGAAGCUCUCUAUAUCCAGUCCUUCCUAUUCCUAUACCGUCAUACGGCUACAGAGAAUGCCCUUUUUAUGCAUCUUGCUAUUUUAACUUCAUUUUCCAGUGUCUUCAACUGGUUGGCCUUAUAUAGUGUGAAAAAUGAAUGCUUGGCUUCAGUUUUAGCUUGCUUAAUAAGCUAAAAAUCACUGAAGGGCAUAAUUUACUGUGUUUGAAAGGAUCUUUUAAUAGAACCAGAGGCUCCGAAUUGACAAUGUUCAACAGGCAGCCCCCCCAAACAUAUGGCACAAUGCAUGGCCAUUCACCCAUAUCAAACCUCCUCCAUAUCAACCCACACUAUAUUAUGUUGAGAGCAGGUGCACUGCAGAAAGGUAUCCGCAGAGCAAAUAACUGAGUGACUCAGUUCCUAUUUUUUAUUCAGGAGCUGGCAAAGUCGUAUUUUCUUCUGUAAUGAGGUGUGUUUUGUGUGUGUGUGUGUUUGUGAGAGAGAGAGAGAGAGAGAGAGAGAGAGCGCCAUAUCAAUUGCUGAAGGAUGAGAGAAUUUAGCAUUAAUAACAGUGCAUCAUAAAAGUCUUGUGACGUUUUUGUGGAUUAGAGCCACUUCAUUAGAUAUGUGGAAUGUUAUCAGAUGGAUGGGGUGGAGAAUCUCUGGGGCUCCCAACUCCCAUCAGCCCUAGCCAGCAUGGCCCACGGUCCAGGAUGAUGGCAGUAAUAGUCUGGAGAGUCACAGCUUUCCUGUCCCUGGUGCUGGGAAAUAAAUAUGUUAGCUGUGAGGUCAGAGGCAAAGUGAAAUGCAGUAAAUUCAGGUAGUUGUGAUUAUGUUAAAGGAUAAAUGUAUGUAUAAUAACGAUGUAUAAUAGUUGUAUUGACUAUUCACCAAGCAGCGUUAAACGCAAAUUAUUUCAUUUGUCAACACUUGUCAGAUUUUUAAACAAAAAAACAAUUUUCAGAGUGACAUUCAACCAUGUUGGUCUGCUUGUAGAAGCAGACUUCUCCUUCUUUUCCUCCCCUUGCAGCCCCCUGCAUACCCCCAAAAUCUGCUGCAGAGAGUUGGGGGUCUCGUUGACUCCUGCUCAUUCAAUUGAAUAUCUUUAAUUGUGUGUGGUAUAUUUUAAUUAAGCAUCUUUAAAUUAAAAAUCAGUCUUCUUUCAGGCAUCAUGUAGUGUAAUCUUCUGUGAGAUGAGAUUACACACACAUUUAAUGUUGUCCCAGGCAGCUGUUUUUUUAACCCAGUUAUGGUUAACAUAGCGCCAUUUGUCAUGCGGACAUGGGCCUAAACUGAACCAGUUCAGAUGUCUUAUUGACCAAAGUAUGCCCCUUGUUUGUGCAUAUUCUCCCUCCUCCCCACACACCCCACCCCAGUGCUGGCAAUAAAUGCAUCCUUUGGCUGAAACAGUCUCCUAGUGUGGCUUUACUGGGCAUUCUGGAGUAUGUAGUUUAAACUAUGCAUUAACACCCGGAAUGUUGGGCACCAGUAUUUUGCUUUCUAGGUACAUAACUGGAUUUGCAGUGUGGAAAAAAUGUAGUCUUUUUGUGAGCCUUUUCAGAAAAUGUAGCAGUCCUAUUUCUCUACUUCAUCUCCCUGUGAAUGAAAUAUCUUUAAGUAAUAGAAAUUUCCAGAAGGCGAGGGCGGGGCAAUCCUUCUUUUAGCCAGUACAGUGAUACCUUGGUUUACAACCAUAAUCUGUUCCGGAGGUCCGUUUGUAAACCAAAACAGGUUGUAACCCAAGGCGCACUUUCGCCAAUGGGGCCUCCAAAAAUUUUUUGUUCAUAAUCCAAAAAAAAUGAGUUGUAAUAAAAAAAAAUGUUCCAAACCGGGACACACACUUCCUCGUUUGAUGUGUUUGUAAACCAAAAUGUAUGCAAACCAAGGUACCACUGUAUAUUUGAGGCUGGAGGCUAGGAUUGAAAAAUUCUUGUUAGAUCAGAUUGCAAUGACCUUCAAAUGCAUAAGCAUUGGUAUUUCUCUUCUGGUUCCAUUCAGUGGUUCCUGUAAAGAACUGGUUCAGUGUAUUUGCCCCCAAAUUUGAAUAGAUUUCCUGAACAGAAUGUUUUGAAUUAGUUUCAGACUUGAUGUUGUUCACUUAUAUAAAGUUCUGCUUCGUUCUCUCAUAGUGUCAUGCUUGCCCAUUAUCAUCAUCAUCAUUAUUAUAAUUAUUAUUAUUAUCAAUUUUAUUCUUUACUUCCUAAACCACUGUCUGAAGGUUAGCUACAUAUAAAGUGAUUAAAAACAGUUAAAAACACAGACACAUUUAAAACAAGUCUACAACCCUAACAAGUGGGCAUGAGGUAAAGAUCCAUUUAUCCAGCUGGCAAAGCCUUUCUGAACAAAAAUACCUUCAGCCAUUUCUGGAAAUGGCAGAUAGUGAGCUUCCAUCAUAUCUGUUUCACAGAACAGGGGCAGCCACACUAAAAAGCCCUGCUGUGAGGUACUGCAGAAGAGGCUUUUGAGACCUUUGGAAGUUGCAGGAGAAAUUCUCCUGCAGACUGCAGCGAUCUACUGGGGAAAAUGGAUAAGGCUGCCUCUCAAGUGCCUUUUACUUCUGCUGGUGCCAGGCAACCAUGCUCUCUUAACAGGGUUUUUUGUUGUUGUUAGGAUGUGGUCUGUAUACCCAGAUAUAAAAAUAUAUUCAUUGUCUAAUUUGGCUUAGGUAGGUUGAAUAUUCCUGGUGUUUUCAUCUUGGAACCGAUUGGCGAUUCUACUGAUGUAUGGACUAUGCUGCUGCAUAACUGAUUUAUUGACUUAACUUGCAGAGUCAGUCUCCGAAGUGAUGGCGUGUGCAACUAUUUUCAAGACUGUUACACAUAAUUGAAGCCUCCUGCCUUCCCAUGCUUAUAUGCCUCCCACCACCUAUAAACAACAGAGGUGUCAGCAGAUUUGGGAAAACCCCAAAGUUUGUAGGUACUUAACUCCCUCCCAACCCACCUUUGCCCCCCCCCCUUAAAGCAACUGCAUGAAAACUCAAUGGGUCAUUUGUUGCUGUUCAUUUUUUCUGUGGGGGAGCAUCAUGUAAUCCUGCGAGGAGAAUUGGACUGAUUGUUUCUCCCACCUCCUACUGCCCAAACAUAGUGCUUGUCUCCUCAUCCGUUGCAUGUGAGAACUAGCCCUAAGUGGGCAUGUUGUAAAUGGGUGUCAGCCAAUUUACACCUGAAAUUUUUAUCCUUAGCUUGGACAGUUGUGGAAGAGGAAAUGUGCCUUGCUCUGACUGUAUAUUCCAUCUCUUACAUACUGUAAGGGCCAAACUAGAUGAGAUGCCAUUCACACAAUUGUUUAAAUAGCUUUAAAAAGUACAUAGCAGACUUGAGAGGCUCAUGAACCAUAUUAGGACUCUGGGGAGUAGGGGGAUGUUAACCCUUUGCUUCCUGCUGUGAUUCUGAUCUGGAUCUGGGCCUCUACACCUGCUAUCUGCACUGGAAGAAAGGCUUCCUUUGUUACAAAUUGGGGCUUUCGUCCAAUACCCGUCCACUCCAUGCAAAAAGAAUAACAACAGAACAAAUCCAAACAUCCAGUUCUUAUCCCUGGUUGUUUAAAAAAUAGCAGCUGUGGAUUCAACUUGUUCUUUGUUCACUUUUUUCAUCUGUUUGGUUUCUGUGUUUAACAAUAUUUUGCCUAUACCUGAAGUGCCUCUCAGUUCUAGAGUGCUUUGUGCAAUAUAACACAGUGUGAUUGAGGUUGUGGGUAGAGGAAACCUGUGGUUCAAACUAAUAGACUGAAUAUACUGCAGUGAAAACUUUUCCUCUCCCGUAGUUCAGCGAACAACUGCACAUUUUUGUAAAUUUAUCUGUUAAUUUUUCCCCCCAUCUCCAUCCCUGUCCACCCCCCUGAACACACACCUCAGCUUUGUUUGAGAACUUGUGGAGUGUGGGUGGCUAAGGAAUUUCAUUUCUCUUCAGUGACUCACCACCAGAAUGAUUCACUUGUGUAUGGAGAGAAAAACGACCCUGAGAGGCAAUUAAGUGGCAGGCUGUGCUCAGAAUGCUUCGACUGUGUGGCAUACGCACAAACCCGUGCCCCUUUCAUUUCUGAAAGCUGCUACCCUUGCCUCUGUUGCUCUCCUACCUCUGUGGCGGAGGUAUGCCCUAGUGAGCGGGUUGUGCAUCACUUUCCUUAAGAGGUGGUGGCCAUGUACAUCUUUGAGAGGCAUGUUGCUGAUCGCACUGCAGCAUUCUACCAGAUUUAGCAAGCUGAGGUGUUUGCUAGCAGCCCAAGCACAGACCUGACCCCAAGGUUUGCAGAAGUACAAAAAGAGUCUGUAGAUGAGGGGGAGGACCCAUAAAAGAUAAAAACAGUGGAUACAGUAGGAUGACUGUUGGGAGGGGUGAGGGAACUAAAAACUGGUCAAAGCAGAAGGGAAUGGCGUAUCCUGGAAAAAGGGCAUAUCUGGCUGGCUGGAACCGUGAAUAGAAGCUUUCAACAAUGCCACCUUUUGUUGCACUUGCCAAGGGUAGAUUUUAAGAUUAAGAUAUACUUGAUUUCAGAGGAAUCAAUUGCCUUUGUUUCUGCCUGAGCCACUGUCCUGGGCAUUUUUUUCCUGAUUGGAAGGUGGCAGAGCCAGAGCAGUAACGCAUGCAGCAUUGCAUAAAGCAGCCUCCGUUGGGGAGUUCUGUCAUGAUCUGAUGUGAUCAGGCAGAUAGUGGGACUCAGUAGAGUUGCCUGGUCUCUGUGGCGGCUAAUUAGAAGGAGGCAAGGCCAGAGCAAUGAGUCAUGCAGGCUCCCAGCAGGCACUGUCCGCUGUGAAUGGCUGCUUUGAGUUCAUAGCAUCCAGCAAAAUUAUUUCACAAAUUUAUUUCUUUGUGGCAGACGAGUAUUCCUUGGUGCAAAGUUUGAGAGUUGCACUAGGUUAGAAUAGUGAUGAGGGUAUUAGUCUUAAAAAGUUUGAUUCUCAGCUCUGACCAUGAUUGUCACAGAUUCGCCCCUCUGCAAGGUGUCAGUUCUUUCUCAGUAUCAAUGCUGGUUUUCUUCCCAAGUGGUGAGCUUCCAGCACAAACAGCAUGGCUGACUAGCAGGACUAUGGGAUUUGGAGUUCAACAGCACCUGGAGGGCCACAGGUUAGAUACUCCUGCUCUAAUGGGUUUUAGGUGCUCCCUGGGGUCAUAUGCAGAGGAAAUUGAAGAGCACUUUCCCCAGGACAAAUAAUGUCAAAUGGUAACACUGCUGUUUAUAAUGCAGUUGUACUGAAAAGGGUGAAAGAAAAGGAGAAAUAUAUUGCUAUAUAGCUGGCAGGUGUUUCUAGCUUGCCACAUUUGCCAUGUAGGCCCCAAAUAGUACAGUAGCGUCUUGACUGGCAAGCAUCUUGUGGAGAUAAGUAGAUAGACCACUGGUCAACUUAAUUCAUUUUUUUAAAAAAAAUCCUUUAUAAAUAUAUGAAUUCUCUUAAUACAUGUAACAUAAUGUCUUUACCCCCUUAAAUCUGUUUUCCCCUCCACUGCCCUGCCAGUGACAUUCUACAGAUGAUAGCCAUUUAAGACAAUUUAAAUAAAAAGUUCUGAGAAGAAACUUCCUUAUUUCCAGAGAAGACAUCAUCCUUCUCAUUAAACCACCCCAACCCCGAAAUGUUGACAACACAUUUUAAAAUCUUGCAGUGGGCUGUCUCUCCCUCCAAGAACACACUUCCUUUUAUAGUAUCCACAUAGUGUUAUUUUUACAGCCUUCAGCCUGGAGCUAUUUCCUGUUUCCAAUUAUUUAGUUACACGCCAAAGCCCCUCUCUUUCUCCUCCUGGCUUCCUUGCCAAGUUUGCCAAGGCAUUAUUGUCAUUUCAGUGAGACGACGCCAGUGCUGAGGUUUUAAUGGGCUGUGAGCAGGAAGUUUAGCUAUUUCCUCUGCCUGUGAGGCCAUGAUGUCAUGAGCUGCUAUGGGGCUCUUUAUCAUAUGCUGCUGUUGCUGUGGUCUGUGUGGAAAGAAUGUAAACAGUGCUUUCCAGAUGUUCCCAGGGAAGCUGCGGGUCCAUAAAUGGGCCAUUUUGUUCAGGAAUAUUAUAAAUGAGGGGAAAGAUGAAUCAGGCUGUAAAAUAUGUAUAGCUCUGAAAAUGUCAGAUGCUACAGACUUUGUUGAGGUGAUAAAGUCCUCGUGUCUCUCUGGUUGUGUGUGUGAUCUGUUUGUAAGGAACCACACACGCAUACAAUUGUGUCAUGCUAGAAGGCUGAAAGUGAUUCUUUUUUCCAGUCUGAUUAAACUCUUCACACCGAAGUGCUUUCAGAUGCAGGGCUCUCUUCUGAUACCUAAAAAUGGGAUCUUGUGUUUGGAACCAACAUGAAUUGAGUAAGCUAUCUCCAGCUGUCCAUUCUACUGCCAUACUGUUACAAUGUUUAUAGAUCAAUUUCUGUGGCUUGCAAUGGAUAAAAUACUGCUAAAAACAGCAGAACAAGAAAAUAUACAAGACCCAUUUAAAACAGUAGAGGCUAAUAGCAUCCACUGAUUACCAUUUCAGCUUGAAAUUCUUCCUGGAAGCAACCAAAGAGCUACACUUACAUUUCAUAGGGGUUGCCUGGGUGGGUGGUGGUAGAUUAUUACACAGUCUAUAGACCAGAGCUGUCUUGGGAAAGGGAUUGAUUGUCAGGUCUCUCUCCUCCGGUUAGUCAGGGUUUGAGAGUGAGACACAGUUAAAAGAAUAGGAAUUCUCCCUCUCCCUCACUCAGUUUCCUUCCCGUCAAACUUUAGCUAGUAGUAAUUGCAAACUAGUUCACUUACAUAACUGAGUGAAAAGAUGUUUUUUGCGCUCUGGUGUAAAAUGAGAAAUGAUGUUGUUGGAAAACUUAAUGGAAAAAUUCUAAGCAUCAUUCAGCUCUGUUGACUGUGUAUAGUGAAAUGCUCCACCUGUUUUAUAGCAUUUUUGUAUGUGUGUUUUUCCAGGCUUGACAUCUACAGGAAGGUGCCAAAAGACCUUACGCAGCCAACUUUUACAGGAGCAAUUAGUAAGUAUCCGUGUGCGAAAUCUCUGCCUUUGCAAAUCUCUGCUCGGUUCCUUUUUGCUCCUUGAUUUAAACAGUAUGAUUUCCCCUCUACAGGUCAUUACCAUAAUUCAGCAGGUUUGUAACACAAAAGCUUGCUGUGAUUUUGUACUGAAUGGCCAAUAAGAUAAGUGGAAGAGCCAGCAUGGACGCCCAGGCAGUACAUUGGUCUCAGACCUGGGAGACCCUUCUGAAUCGUGCCAUGUUGGGCGGCUUUUGGAAAGUAUUUUGGAUGCUGGGGUGAAAGCAACUAAGUUCCUCCCAGAAAAUUAAACUCAAAGUAGAAGGCUGUGUAAGAAAAGCCAUAUUGCUGUUUAUAGCUAGAAAGUGACAGUCAGAGUCCCUUUUUUGUCCCCAGCCUUUGUCAGCAGAUUGCAUGGUUUGGGACUGACACCCUCUUCUCUUGGUACCUCGUCUCCUUUCUUCUUUGCAAGGUUAAAUAUUAUUGGCUGAGUAAUGCAAUUUCACACCAUCAUUGCUAGUGAGCAUGUUGCAUGUAUCAGUAUACACAUUGAGUUGAUCCUGCCAAGCCUGUAAUUAGAUGCCUAUUAUUGCUUUCCUGUUACACACCUGUUUCCUUUAACUGUGUAGGUGAACCCCAAGUUUACUUACUCCCCUAGUUGGGUUCAUUAGCCCUGUAUAUCCUUGCUGAUGCAGACAGAAUCACAUCCCUAGAACUUAGUAAUGCUGAAUCAUUAAGGAAGCAAUAUGAAAUAGCAUAGAAGAGUCACUUGACAGAAGAUGAGAUGUUCUACCAAAUAUUUAGUGGUGACAGGCCAUUUUAUGUUAGAAUGUCACUGUCUGCUCCCUUUCCUCCUCUAAAAUUUAGAUUGCUGCUUUCACCAUACUGCAACUGUUCAUAUGUAUCAUAUGGUUUAGGAGAAGAACAUUAUUUGAGUUACUGCUUCACAUAAUGUGUCUAUGCUGUGGUUAGGAAGACAAAUUCCAGACCUGUUAUCCGUGAUAAGUGCUAGUUGUAGUGAGACCCUCCAAACUGAUUAAGGUGACAGGAAGGGAGCAUACAGAUCCCUAUUUUACUUCUGCACCCAGUCCCCCCAACAAACCAAACCAACCCCCAAAAGGGACGUCUGCAGUGUUGGCAGCAGUGGUGCUGUGAUGGCAGCCACAAUAGUUGCUGCAACAUCUUGGCUGUUUUGUUUUCCUCUCAUUUUUUUUACAGAGCAGGUGCAAAGUUCAAGACAGUUGCACUGACUACCUUUAUUUUCCAGUGUGCCAGAUAGUACUAGUGAACAUGAUUGCCUGGAAUUUUACUCCUCGAGAGUGCAACUGUUUUGUGAAAUGUUUAAAAGGAAAAGGGGGGAAAGAGGAGAGGCUGUUGCUCAUGUAGUGCUGGCAUUUAAGGGCCCCUGGGCUGUAGGACUCUAAACCAGUGCCCCAUAGUCACUAUUGGUCAGCAGUGGUUAAUUCAACCUUGGGUUGCUAACAUGACAACCCUUUUUAUUUCAUGCAAAGUAAUUUCACUGUUCCCUUCUGCACAGAUGAGAGCACUUAUGGAGUACUCUAUCCAAUCUUGGGAGCACAGGUCAUGGCAAAUAAAGACAAAUGGGAAAUGAUUCUUCUGAGGACAGCCACCAAGAUGAUUAAGGGUGUAAAAGACUAAUCCAUUGAGGAAAGGAGUGACCUAUGCUCAUGACCAUAUAUGAAAAAGGGUAUCUGAAAGAAGAGACGUUGUUCACUCUCUGAGGAGAAUGGGGUUGUUCAGAAGGGUGUUCUAAAUGGCAGAGCAAUUCAGCAAAGGAGCAGGAUACAUAGGGAUAAUGCAGAAUAUUUGUUUCAUUGGAAAGAUUGGAGUGGAGACUUGAUUAGAGUAGAUGGUCCACAAAUCCCUCCCAGCUCUGCCAUCCUUUAAACUAUGUGCUCUUGGCAGGCAAAGCUGAGCUUGAGACAUAAAUCUGGGAAAGCUGGGACUAUCCUUGAGGAUCUGAACCUUUUAGCGUGUGAUCACUCUAGACAGCAGAUGCUUCCAUCAAAUGUAACACCAUACAGUGGUGCCCCGCAAGACGAAUGCCUCGCAAGACAGAAAACCCGCUAGAUGAAAGGGUUUUCCGUUUUUGAGUUGCUUCGCAGGACGAAUUUCCCUAUGGGCUUGCUUCGCAAGACGAAAAUGUCUUGCGCGUCUUGAGAUUUUUUUUUCGCUUCCCCCCCCCUUUAUCUAAGCCGCUAAGCCUUUAAUAGCCUUUUAGCAGCUAAUCCGCUAAGCCUUUAAGCCUUUAAUAGCUGCUAAACCGCUAAUAGCGCUAAUCCGUUAAGCCGCUAAUAGGGUUGCUUCGCAAGACGAAAAAACCGCUAGACGAAGACACUAGCGGAACGGAUUAAUUUCGUCUUGCGAGGCACCACUGUAGUUCGUGAAGGGGAGAUGCAUAGCAUCUCAGCAGUGUACAGAUUGCCCCCUUACAUGUUUAUAAACACACCCCUGUCCUCUUCAUCCUUUACAAUGUUCAUAAGACCAGCAUAUCUGCUAUGUACGUAAGAAGUUAGCUGACCAGUCAAGUACUUAAAUGUUCCUUUCUCAUUAGCUCUGCAGUAGGAGUUCUGCUCUGCAGAGAUGGCAAAGCCACAUUCUUGUGCUAAACCGUUUUUGCACAAAGGCUCAGCCUUCAGUACAUGGGAAGCUGCCUUCUGCUUAUUCAUAACAUUGGCUCAUCUUGGUCAAUAUUGUCUAGAUCAGUGUUUCUCAAGGUUGGGUCUCCAGCUGCUGUUGGACUACAACUUCCAUCAGCCCUAGCUAGCAGGACCAGUGAUCAGGGAUGAGGAGAGCUGUCGUACAACAACAGCCGGGGACACAAGCUUGAGAAACACCGCCUACAUAGGCAUCAGAUUUCUCCAGGAUUUCAGGCAGGGGUUUUUCUCACCUUACCUGCAGGUGCUGGGGUUGAAUAUGAGAUCUUUUGCAUGCAGAGCAUGUGCUCUACCACUGAGCUACAGUCACGUUCCCUUCCUGUUCUGAAGGAACUGUAUAACUGUCCAUUAAGAAGGUGGCAUAAAUCAGCAUUGCUGGAGAGCCCUAAAUAUACUUGAGGUUUCACAACUGAUACCGAGUAGUUUAGGUACUACUUUAUGGGGUUUGGGGGGGGGGAGCCUAUUCCUAAAAGAUUUUUUCAAAGCAGGGAAUCAUUUGCACCAACAGCCCAUUUCUGUUGUAGAGUAACUUGCAUGUGUCAGCUGCCGAAUGCCUUCCAGAUCAAUGCAGUGUGUAACUCUGCCAAGGUGCCCAUGUUUGGAAAUGAAGCAUACAGUGACAUGGGCCCUGGCAUGUGACAGUUAGUAUCCCACUGGCAUGAGCGAUAUGACAUAUUGACAGAAGCAAGCAGUUCAGAAAGUGGCUCUGUCAAUCUCACAGUUUAAUACCAGAGAUUAAUCAUUAUAGUGCACUGGUUUGAGCAUCAUAAUGAACUAUACACACAGAUCCCACUUUACGAACACAAUGCAAUCCCUGGAAAUCAUUCACUAGGUGAGCGUUUGCAUGACGAGUCAACAAUUUUCGUUCGCAUAAUGAAUUGACAAUUUCCAUUGGUUUCUGUGGGGAAAUUUCUAAUGCGUACCUACUCAUGGAAUCUGCAAUGCAUAUAGCAAGGGUUGGGUACUAAUUUGUUGCAUUCAGUUAAGUGAAUUUUGGCACAGUGAGCGUUCAUAAAGCAUGGCCUUUAUGUAGUUAAAACAAAUUAUAAUUUAACGCGAGCAAGCAGUGUAGUGGUGCACACAGCUCAGAAAUUCCCCUCACACUUCUCCCUGGUCCAGUUGCAUCAUAUGUAAACUGCCCUGUUGUGUCUCUUGCUUUUUUUUGUCAGAGACUAAAAGGCUCUCUGGGAAGUAAGAGUGACUGCUUAAAAAACAGCAGUGCUUCUUAAUCCACAAUAGUGAACAUUUACUCAUAUAGAAUCUCUCUGGAUUCAUGUUCUAAGCCACCACCCCUUGCAGACUCGGUUGCCCAGACAAACAGCCUACUCACAGCCCUUAAGUUUUCCCACUUUUUCUGGGAUGAGCAUGUCUCUCUCAAUGAAAACGUUCCCCUUUAUGCUGAGUCCAGCAGUAGCUCAGAAUUCCUUCUUGAUUCUUCUGAAUUAUAUGUAGGAAGAAUAACUGCCUUUGUCCUUUGGGCCUAGAGGCACUGGAAGUUUAGUGGUUUUAAAGCCACUUUUCCACAUUACAAAACCAUUUCUUGUGUACGAAAAGCUGCUAAACAAGCAUUAAUGCCUUUAGGAUCACCAGUGAUGAUGAUGUGUACUAAUCUCUGGGGUGUGAUACAUUGUGAUAAAGUGUUGUGUAGGCAGAUUUCAGUUCAGCCAGCCUGAAUUGGUCCUUGCAAUCCUUGUAGGAGUACAGCAGCAUGCCUGUUCCUGCAGUAGAAUGAAGUGUUGCAAUGAAGUGGUUAUCUGCAUAUAAUCUGCCUCUAGCUUUUUAAGCCCCUGUGCCUGAGCAUGGUGCAGUUGCGUAGCUGGGGGAACUGCACGUUCAGUCACAAAGAGGUAGAUAACGCUUGUACCUGCAAAAAAGCCAACUAAAGGGAGCCGUGCAGUCGAUCUCUCAUUUUGUAUGUGUUUUAUUUGCCUGCUGUGUCCCAUUCCUAGAACUAUUGUUCUGUACUAGAAGGAACAAAUGUUCAUGUAUACGAGGAAAUUUUCUCCCCUUUUAAAGGAUUUGUCUUCACAAAGUGCAGGUCUGCUGCCUCUUAAAUGGUCUGUGUUCUUAAAAAGAGGAAAUGCCCUCAACUAUCAAUUACCCAAAUAAAUUUGCAAUAAUUAUGGCCCUUUAAGAACAUGGGAUUUUCCUCCUCUGUCCCUUUUGGGCUUGUGGCAGCUAAUAAAGCUGAUUUAUUGUAGAACUGACAUUCAGCAAUAUCUAUCUAUCAGCUAUCUCCAAGUUAGGUUUAAUGCAACUAAGUCAUUUAAAAAGGCUUUUUAAGUCAAUACAACUUUACUCUGGUAUUAGUGAUUGAAUGCGUUAUUUAUUUUAUUUAGAAUUUUAUCCACAUGUCUGCCCCAUGUAAAGUGUGGGAGGUGAAUUUAUUCUUUACAUCAACCUUCAUCAACCCUCCAGACAUUUUAGACUACAGUUCCCAUCAGCCCAAGCCAUCAAGGCCAGUGGUCAGACAUGACUAGAGUUGUAUGAUCCAACAAUAUCUGGAGGGCACCAGAUUGGAGUUGACUGCUUUGCAUGAAGAAGGGCACACCGGGAAGCGGAAGCAAAACCCUGUUUCCUCCCUCCCCUUCACUUUGCUGUGCUCCAUUGUUUUAAAGAGAUUUUUGCCCUGCAUCCCUUUCCCCCAUGUGUUCAUUUUACUGUACAGAUGAUGCCCCACCACACUGUGAAUGGGGCAUGUGAAUGGGCCAAGUAUGUUGACACAUUUAGUUCCUUAAAGGGAAACAUGACUUCUAGCCAAAAGAAAAAUUACUGUAUUUUUCGCUCCAUAAGACACACUUUUUUCCUCCUAAAAAGUAAGGGGAACCGUCUGUGCGUCUUAUGGAGCGAAUGUGUGGUCCCUGGAGCUGAAUUCCCCCGGGGGGGGGGGGGACAGUUCAUGCUCUUUUUUUUUAGAAAGAGGGAAGUGGGUGUUGAAACAAAGCCGCUGAGCAGCUGAUCGGCAAGUGAUCAGAGGGAGAUAAGGGACUCUAGUGAUAAAGGAGGCUGCCUGGGAGAGGGGAGGUAAAUCACAUGGAUCCUCAGGAUUUUUGCAUUGGGUCACCCCAAAUUCACCAUCAGAUCACAUAGCAUGUCCAUGGCUAUAGCCGGCACCAAAAAAAUCACACAUCCACUGUUUCGUUCAGAAUAUUUUUUUUCUUGUUUUCCUCCUCUAAAAACUAGGUGCGUCUUAUGGUCGGGUGUGUCUUAUGGAGCGAAAAAUAUGGAAGUUUCUCCCCACCCACCUCCACCAAAUAUGAGAUGGUGUGAGGAAGAAGGUGGAAAAAGCCGUAAGAUGGCUUUGGGAAGUGAAAAUUGGGCAGGGCAGGCACUGUGAUACAGGUUGGUGUUACACUGUGAGGAGGAAGAGACUUAGAUGGAAUUGAAUAUAGAAGAGAAAUAAUAGAUAGAUGUGCAAGAAGGGCAUUCAUUAAGGGGGGAGAAUAGUAUGGCUUUCAACAGAUUCUGUUCUUUGGUGCUAGCUUAGCUUUUAUUUGAGAGACUGUGUCAUUUAUAUCAUGUCAUGCUUUGCUGUGCCUGAGGGCUUGCAUCCCUAUCAGAGAUCUGAACUUUCUUGUCUUUCUGGCAGUUAGAAGGAGCCUGAUGAACCAGUUUGGGCUGCUUUGAACACAGCUUUUUCCGCUUUUAACCAGCCUAAAACAAACCCCUGUAUUCAGUACAGAUGAAGUCUUAGGAGAAUGUCACCCUAUGCCUUUUUGUUCCUCCUUUGUGUGUCUUUACUGUGGGUUGGCCACUAUAAAACUGGAUUUUUUCUUCCUCUUAAAUCUCUCUAUUUUGAGGGCCCCUUAAUUUGUAUCUCCUACUCUCAUUGUGUCCUCCUUUCUCUUUCUACCUACUACUACAAGUUCUAAAGUUAUGGACAUGGCCUUUCUCCAGCUGUAAUAACUAUUUUACAUUGAUCACACAUCAGUAGGCUCCUUUUAAAGUCCCUUGAUAGUAAAUUCUUUCCCUUGCAAUAAUUUGAGGAGCAAUGAGAGAUUUCCCCCUCAGACACUCAAUUCCUGAGGCUAUGCAUUUGCCUUCUGUGUAAUUCCAGAUUCUGGGGAAGGCGACUCUAAAUGUAUUUGCUAUGUGACUUGAAAGAAUUAUUGACAACAUCCUUUCUUGUUUCUUUGGAAUUUUGUGGUGUGUUUUGGCAUAACAAAAAGUAAGAGACGAGGGUGAUGAUCAAAAAGGUUACAUUACAAGAAUGGGGAAAGGGGCAAAAUCUGAUAGAGGGGUGUUGUUUGGCCAUUGCUUGAAAACUUGCCCUAGAGCUCUAGGCAGUGAACAGAGGAUUGACAGGUCACAGAAAGCAGAAAGUAAGAGCUGCCAGAACUCUGGAUUCAGUUUAUGGAAGCAAGCAUCCUCCCAGGCAGCCUUCUUCAACCUGGGGUCCUCCAGAUUUGGGCUACAACUUCCAUGAGCCCCGCACAGCAUGGCCAUUGGCUUGAGAUGGUGGCUGCUUCCCCCACCACCUCCGCCCCAGCUGGAUGUGCAUUCUGUUUUGUUUUGUUUUAAAUGAUAUUUAUUGAGAAUUUUUUUUAAAAUUACAGGGGGGGGAAAGAAACAAGACAAAAAAAUAAAAAUAAAAAAAUAAAAUAAAACCAUCAUUCUUCAAUUCUCCACUUUCAAUACCUUCUUUCCUUGACCUCCUCCUCCUCCCUUUUCCUGUAUCCUGAUUUAUAAUAAUCACAGCAAAUCCUUUCCAUAAUUCAUAAUAUGUGCAUUCUGAUGUAUGUCUACAGAUCAAGCCUUAGAAAGAAAUCAAGAGAAAGUAAUGCAAUAAACUAAAAGCAGAUAAACAAUGUCAGGAGUAAUGUAAAAAGACUGUGCUUAUAGAUUAUUUUUGUCUGUUUUUGCCCUUUUGUUUUGAAGCAUUUUAUUUGCUUUCAUCUUUUGCUGAUUUUUUAUUUGUUUAAAAAGUAAUUCUAUAUUAUGACCAAAUUAGUUUUUAUUUAUACUUUUGUACACUGCCCUAGAAUCUUUUAAUGAAAUACUUUUAAUUAUUAUUUUUAAACACUACUAGAGCAGAUCAACCAUAAACUAUGGACGUAAUCCAGAUUCAAUGACUUUACCUCCGAAGAGCAGGCAAAAGCCAUGAUAGAAUGCAGAAAAUGAAUGGGAAUGGUCCGUGCAGGGCAUUUACCCCUUUUUCUUGUCUGAGACCAGCUGUGUUGAUCAGCCUUACAGGAAGUUGUGUAUGACUGUAAACUCCAGGAUGAAUUGGAGUUGAGGGGAAGGAACCUUCCUGGAAAGGAUUUCCCCCCCUGCCUCCAUCCCCAGCUACUUUUCCUAUCCCUCACAGACGUGCCCUUUUGGUAUAUCUAAGAAGGGGAGAUUUGGAUCAUGCCCCUAACCCUUGAUAUGUAUGGUUAAGAAACAGCAACAAAACAGGUGCCAAGCUUCACAGUUUCAUGGCCUGUCUUACAUUGUGGCCUUUUUAUUUUCCCCAGGAUUUUUGUUCUUAAAUAUUUUUAGUGCUCUUUGGAUCUGUUGUGUAAAGAUCAUUCUCUGUUGCUAGUUUUAUUGUAUGUUAGAUAAUUUUCCUUAUUGCAUUGUCAUAUUUUAUGGCUUCAUUUUUCUUCCCAUGUAAAACCACCCUGAGAACCUUUGGUAUUGGGCACUUUGUAAACACUGAAGAUUUAAAAAGAAAAAAGAAAAGAAUUUUGACUUCCAAUGCAUAUUUAUUUGAAACUGCCAGAUGUAACUCUGGUUUUUAGGCUUGUAUAGUCAUGGAAGUCAUCCCAAAAUAGGAAUUGCCAGCCUUUUUGAGUCUGGUCACAUUUGGAAAAACUUUCCUGGGGGCUGCAUGUACCACAACGAAGCACAUACCUCAACCUCUUCUAUUGACUACAACAGAAUACUUACUUCAAACCUAAUUUCAGGGGGGAAGGAAUGAGAGAGGAGACACCGCAGGCAUCCAGGAAGGCCUAUUGAAUUCAUAGGGAGUUGGUCUAUUCAGCAUGGCUACUAACUGUGACAGAUUGGAGCUUCCAUUUUUCUAUCUCUGAAUGCUAGGUGCUGGGAAUAAACAACAGAAGAAGCCUACUACCUUCAUGUCCUUGUAAAUUUUCCAGAGCCAUCGGGUUGGUUGCUGACGCAAAACAGAUUACUUGGCUAGAUGGCUCUUUGAUGACCAUGUUCUUCUAACCUGAAACCAACCCUGGAGGAAAGACUGGAUGGGGGAGUGGAUUGAUUUAGACAGUGUUUCCCCCUCUAAGCCAUCUUCCUCCACUGACACAUGACUCACCCAGGGGUUGUGCUGGUAUGCUUUCUCUUUCUCUGACUGCAGGCCAAGCAGAAUGAACAUGAACUGAGUGACAACACAAAGGGUGGAAGGGAGAACAGUUAGCCAAAGUGCUUACUUUUUCUGCAACCAUCUCUCCCUCUCUGUCCUCCUUCAGUCUUCCAAGCAGAGGUGACCAGCAUGAGCCCUGCUGUGGGAAAGUCAAAUGGCAGCAGGACGGGGUUGGACAUAGUGCUUAGACACACUGCUUUAACCAUUCAGCUCCCUUCAUGGGUCUUGAGAGCCCAAGAUCAGAAUUUGCUUUAGAUGCAGAUCUUUAAUUCCUGAACUGCACACAGGUGACAAACGGACAGGAGGUGACUUUAAUCACCUGUAUCUUUAGGGGUGCUUUAAACCCCUUCUCUUGGUUGGUAUCAUUGUGUAUGUGGUUUCAAUACAUAUUUAAAUAUUUGCCGUAUAUACAUCUAAUAAAGAUGUUUUAAAAUAUUUUUAAUUUAAGUGUAAAUUACAAAAUCACAUAUAUGUCAUCUGCACAAUUUUAAAAGUCUACAAAUAGGACCUAAUUAUAAGACAUUACCCAUUUACUGUGGUUUCUAUAACAUCAUUUAUAAAUAAUCCAAAUUCAGUUAAAACUGUCAAUAACUUAAGAUAAAUAUAGAAAUUGAAAUAUGUAUCAUAGUAAACAUCUAUAUAUUGCAGGAGAAAGUUUCUGUAUUGUCCCUUAGCUCUGUAAGAGAGAUUUCAUCUUGGCAGGCAUUAUUAGAAGUAAAUCUGGCAUAGUUCAUUUGGACAAAUGGCUGUGUCCAUUAUUUUUUUCCAGAUUUGUCGUGUCAUUGCCAAGCUAACAGCACUGUGAUGAUACACAGAGCAAAGUUUAGAGAAAGAGGCCCUGCCUAUGGGGAUUGGCUGAAUGGUGGAAUGCCCUGUCAUCGUGACUGAAGAACAAACAAAUAGGGUCACCCUCUCCUUAAGCCCUCCUCCCAAUACUAUUAGUCUAUCGUUUUGUGGCAUUUCUUGCCUGCUUUUUCCGUGGUGAUUCAGCAUGGAGUCAGAAUGUAGAGAAUGUUUGCUUUAAUUCAUCAGUAAAUACCAACCCUGCCCCUUUUAGUUACACCCUUAACACUUGCGGCUUCCCUCCCUCAGGGCAGGUUAUUGCUUUUUAGAGACUGCUUUUGAAGAACGUGAAGUACUUUCUGGCAGGGAUAUCCAAUAAUAUUUAAAAACCUGUCCAAAAACCAGAGAAUUGUGGUUUCUUCCUCAGCAGAGAUUUUAUUAAAUUAAAAUUUGAAAGUGAUACGAUUUAAUCAGAGUUGUGGUGACCUGCGUGAUGUCUAGCUUGUGGUGAACUGUGGUAUAUGCAGCAGUCCCAUAAAUCACCAUGGGUGUUCAGCACUCCAUUUUAUGGCAAAAAUAGCACAUAUGAGGCACGAUUAGUUGCCAAGGGAAGUGCAAAGGUGUACAUGUGCUCUAAGCAAGUCAACUUCAUAAGAAAAUAAACUAUUGAUUAGUAUAAAUGUGCUUUCACACUACAGUGGUACCUUGGGUUACAGACGUUUCAGGUUACAGACUCCGCUAACCCAGAAAUAGUACCUCGGGUUAAGAACUUUGAUUCAGGAUGAGAACAGAAAUCAUGCAGUGGUGGCAGCAGGAGGCCCCAUUAGCUAAAGUGGUACUUCAGGUUAAGAACAGUUUCAGGUUGAGAACGGACCUCCAGAAGUUCUUAACCCGAGGUACCACUGUAUACUUUUUUGCCUGCUAUUGAUACCAUUCGUUCUCUUGGGCGCCACUGAGGAACUAGACAGCUCCUCACAAACUGCUGCAUUCCUGUGUUCUCCUUUCUGUGCUGGUUUAUCACACUUGUAAAAAAAUUUUUAAAAAUCUGUCACAGAAAGAAACCCACCACCGCUGCAGUGGCAAUUGUCCCUCCUCCUACUAGUGCAAUUGUCUCUCCUACAGAGCAGAGGCUGGUGACUUGACUACUAGACUACUGGUUUCAAGGUGCUGAUAUUAACUUAUAUGUCUUGGGACUCUAGUACAGUGGUGCCCCGCAAGACGAAUGCCUCGCAAGACGAAAAACUUGCUAGACGAAAGAGUUUUCCGUUUUUUGAGUCGUUCUGCAAGACGAAUUUCCCCAUGGGCUUGCUUCGCAAGACAAAACGUCUUGCGAGUUCUUGCGAGUUUGUUUCCUUUUUCUUAAAGCCGCUAAGCCGUUAAUAGCCAUUAAGCCGUUAAUAGCCGCUAAGCCGCUAAUAGCCGUGCUUCGCAAGACGAAAAAACCGCAAGACAAAGAGACUUGCAGAACGGAUUAAUUUCGUCUUGCGAGGCACCACUGUACCUAAUGAGACACCUACUUCCAUAUCAACUUGUUAGUGAUACAAGCAAUCUUCUGAGGCUCUCUGCCCCUUGAAUGCCUCUGCCACUGAUGGUGAGGUGGCUGGUGACAAGGGGGAGGACAUUCUUGACUGAGGUGCCCUGUUUCUAGAACUCCUCCAAAGCAGAUCACUUGAUACCUUAUUUUUUACCAUCUAGGUGCCAGGCAAACCCCAUUUUAUUUUCCCUGGCCAUUUAACAACUGCAGUACAUUGGUGUUUGAUGUAUUUUAAAUGCAUGGUGGUUUCUGUAAUAAGCCCUAGUGUUUUUUACAUGCUUUAAUUUUGGAUUCUAGUAUGUUUGUUUUUAUUAUUUCAUUUUCAUUUCACUUUUAAUUUGUUUGCCGCCUUUCUAUAUUAUCAUACACAAGGCUGUUUACAAGUGGAAGAAACAACCAAACAGACAGCAAAGAUUUCACAUCUAAUAGCAACUUUCAAAUAACUUUCAAAUAAACAACAUAUCAGGUAAAGCAGUAGUCAAUAAUGCAUUAGAAUAUAAUAGUAAAGAGUAAAAUUAAAUAUCAGCGAACAAUAAUUAAACAGUUUACGCUUAACAGUAACAAUAAAGAAUUACCAAAUUAUAAUCAAUAAAAAUAUUGGCAAGUCACAAUCCAUAAAAUACUCCAAAACCAUGUAAAAGGAUCAAAUUGAGAAACAUGGGAUUGCAAGCCAUCCUGAAAUUGUUUUGAUGAAGGUGUGAUGUACAGAUUCUCAACUAAAAAAAUGUGAAGAGAUAAAUUAUCCUAAUGGAACAGCAGUUGCUGGCAGAGACAAUGGGUGAAAUAAAGCUUCUUGGUUGAGGAGGGCUGCUUGACCCAUCUUUUCCCCAGCCAGGGACAAGGCAACUAGUUAUUUUCAUUGUCCUUUUCUUCCCUGGACAUUCCUUCACUGCCAGAGGAGCCACAACCUUCCUCCCUUUGGGUGCCUGGCAGACUGACUAUGUGGACAGUAGGCGUGUCUUGAGUUGUGAAAGAGAAAGUGGCAAGGACUCAUUUCCUCUUUAAAAUCACAUUGCCCCUUCCCUGUGUGGGGCUGCUGGGGGGAGAGAGAGAUAAACUCUUUCUCUCUCAUUUAGUGCCAUUUUCAGUGUUUCUCUGCUGCUCUUCUAAAGACUCCAGCAGGUAGUAACAGCAGGUGGUUCUAGACAGCAGCAGCAACAAAAAGCAUUAAAAACUUAAAAAAAAAAUUAUGAUACCAUAAACUAGGGUAGCAGAGCUCCAACAAUGACGAAAAGUUUUUGUUUUGUUCUUAUCGUUAGGAAGACCUAAUGAGAACAAUAAUGCAUGUAGACUUGCCUUCACUGAAGCGAACAUGUAGGCAAUAUCUGUGGUUUAUCCUAUGUUAAUGCAGAAACACCACCAGUAAGAAUUUGGUAAGUUGCCCCUUUUCUCUGAGUUGAAGCGUUCGAGGGAGAGAUGAAGGCAAAAGAAAUAAUAAUGAGGCCAGCGGAUGAUAUCCAAUGUUAGCCAUUCUCACAGCAGACCUGUUGAAAUCAGUGGCCUGAGUAUGACUUAGUUGGAUAUCACAGAGUGAGUAUAGUGGAUGAUCUGAAAGGCAGGAUAUCCUGUUCAGCCAUAAUUCUCACCAUGACGUUUUAGUCUAAAUUGCUAUCUUUCAGCCUAGCCUAACUCACAGGGUUGUUGUGAUAAUUUAAAAUGGGGAAGAAGAGAACCCAUGUAUACCACCUCAAGCUUUGGAGGAAAGGUGUGAUAUAAAUUAUAUAGAUAGAUGAUAGAUAGAUAGGUCAUUUUGGAGUUCAGGUGUGCAUACACAUGUGUAGAAAUACUGUCAAAUACUGUCUGGGGUGUUUAAAUUAAAUUAGCCAUCCAGAGUGGCUGGGUCAAGCCAGUCAGAUGGGCAGGGUACAACUAAUACAGUGGUACCUUGGGUUACAGACGCUUCAGGUUACAUACGCUUCAGGUUACAGACUCCGCUAACCCAGAAAUAGUACCUCGGGUUAAGAACUUUGCUUCAGGAUGAGAACAGAAAUUGUGCUCCGGCAGCACAGCAGCAGCAGGAGGCCCCAUUAGCUAAAGUGGUGCUUCAGGUUAAGAACAGUUUCAGGUUAAGAAAGGACCUCUGGAACGAAUUAACUACUUAACCCGAGGUACCACUGUAUAGUAUAAUGUAAUGAAAUGUAAUGUAAUGUAAUACAAUAUAAUUAGCUAACUUGUCUCCAUAUGUGUCUUUUCUAGUUUCUGUCUGCUGCUGUUUCUUCAUAUUGUUUCUCUUCCUGUCUGAGCUUACUGGAUUCAUAGCCACUGAAAUGUAAGUACAAACUAUUGUUGGCAAUUCUCAUGUUAAAAAGUGAUUGGUUAAAUAAUAACUCAGUUUGCAGUUAUGUUAUAUCUAAAUCUGUGUUAAGGUAGGGCUGCCAUACGUCCAAGAAUUGGGCUGCAAAAAUGACAUCUGGGCAGAUUUUUGCUGACUGGGGACAAGCAGUACUUACCUGACAUGGUAAGCCUGAGGUUAUCCAGGGAAUGGAUAAGCUGUGAUGAUGGUACCAGUUGCUGGAAACCACAGAAGAGGAGAAUGCUCUUGUGCUUGAAUCCCAGUUGCUGGUUUCCCACAUCUGUUCAGUCACUGUGAGAGCAGGAUGCUGGACUAGAUGGGCCAUUGACCUUAUCUAGCAGACUUUUCUUAUGUACAGUGGCACCUUGGUUGACGAACUUAAUCCGUUCCAGAAGUCCGUUCUUAAACCAAAGCAUUCUUAAACCAAGGCGUGCUUUCCUAUAGCAACGGGGGACUCAAUUUACAAAUGGAACACACUCAACAGGAAGCAGAACACGUUCUGCUUCCAAGGCAAAGUUCACAAACCAAAACACCUACUUCCAGUUUUGCAUCGUUCUUAAUCAAAGUUGUUCAUAAACUAAGCUGUUCUUAAACCAAGGUACCACUGUACUCCCUAAUUUUGUCUUAUGCCAUGCCCCCAUGGCAGCCAUUUUGUGACUGCUGCCCACAGUACUUUCUCAAAAUUCAACAGGUGUCUACUGGUUCAAAACGGUUGCUAACUCCUGGAUUAGGCAAACCCAUUGUCUGAUAAAGAUGUGUGUUGCUGACACAAGCUUGUCUAUCUGGAGGGAUGUGUGAUAUUUUCUGAAAUUCAGAAGGAGGGAGGAAAACAUCAGACCUGAAGUUGAAUCAGAAGUGCUGGAGACUGGUAUUCUGAAGCAGGGCUUGACAGUUAAUUCAAUGUAGAUUAUUUUACUUAACAGAUGACCUCAGUCUUGUUGGAUAUAUUUUGAGGGUCUACAUAUCUGGGGACAGUACAAGCUUAUUGAAACUGAAUUAUCAAUCAUGUUGAAAAACCGAGAGAAACACUGGAGUACAAAAUAAUAUAUUCUGGUUGACAAGGAUAGAUAGGCUAAAAGCAGAAGAGCACUUCUGUCCUGUUAGGUCCUUCUUCAAUAUUUCUGGGGGCUGGGAAUUGGGCAUAUAGUUUUGAUGCUGAUCAUGGGUUAUAGAAUACUGCCAAAUGUGGCUGUUCUGCAGUAACAUACAUAUUGUAAUAAAUUAUUUGAAAUAUAUAUAUAUUUUUAACCCAAACAAAAACUAAACCCCAAAUCAUGUUAGUUCUUUAGACUUUAAUUUGUUGACUUCCACCUUCAAGUUCUCUUCCUACAAAACCAAAAUCAGGUUCCAUCAGUGACAUUUAACAUAAAUGAAUCCAUCAUGGGUAACACGUUACUCACUGGCAUCCAGUGCUUAUCAUGAUGAGUUCACUUUGUUUCCCGUGACACAUAAUUCUUUGGCUAUUAGGCAUUGAUGAAUUUUCCUAGAAAAGAGCACUUGAAGGGAUAAACUGUGAUGUCAAGCCUCUGAGAGAGAUCCUACUCAUUUGGGGCUUGAUUAUGGCUGAAAUAAAUACAGGAAGAAGGUGCUGUACUGUAUGUUUUCCUGAUUUCCAAAUAAAUACUGCACUUUAUUUUUAUUUUGUAUUUGUAUAAUAGUGUGUUUCAGAGGUGAUACUCCUUUUUGGUUUUUAAGUAAAGGUAAAGGGACCCCUGACCAUUAAGUUCAGUCGUGGCCGACUCUGGGGUUGCAGCGCUCAUCUCGCUUUAUUGGCCGAGGGAGCCGGCGUACAGUUUCCGGGUCAUGUGGCAGCAUGACUAAGCCGCUUCUGGCGAACCAGGGCAGCGCACGGAAACGCCGUUUACCUUCCCGCCGGAGCGGUACCUAUUUAUCUACUUGCACUUUGAGGUGCUUUUGAACUGCUAGGUUGGCAGGAGCAGGGACCGAGCAACGGGAGCUCACCCCGUCGCGGGGAUUCGAACCACCGUCUUUCUGAUCGGCAUGUCCUAGGCUCUGUGGUUUAACCCACAGCGCCACCCACGUCCCACCCUAUUCUUAGUCCCAGUUUAAUGAAGUUCCAGCAUAUAAUGUAACAAAUGGCAUUGGAUAUGUUUUGAAGGCAGUUGAAAGUAAGUGUGAGGCUGAGCUUGGCAUCUGGUAAUUCGGCUCCAAGACAAAAAGGCAGCGUCUAGGAAUUUGGCAAAUCUAUUGUAGUUGUCAUUGGGCACAUUUUACUGCAUGUCCCUCUAGGAAACCUUGGCAUUUUAUUGGUACAUAUGAUCUUUUUGCAACUGGAAUGAAAAUUGGAAAGACUAACGAGUAUAUGGUAGUUUGGAAUAUCAGCCUUGGGAGCAACACAUACCAAUCCCCCAACUCAUUCCGUGUCUCACAUCUGUAGGAAGAAAGGAGAAAGCACAAUGACCAAUAUCACGAGAGUAUUGUGAGGCUUGGCUAAUAGUAAGGCACUUGUAGAAAACAGUAAGGAUAGAUCGUUACUUGGCCUAGUAUUGUUACCCUGCAGGCUUUCUGCUCUGCCUUUCGCAACUGUGUAAUCUUCCCCAGGCAAAUUUUUCUUUCAUAUCGCUAAUCAAAAAGUUAGGCUUGUUCAUAGUUCAAAUUAUUAUGCAGUUGUGCACUGAGGAAACUCAACCUGCUUUCCCGGUACUGGCUAUUAUAUUGCGACUUCUUUGGUGUGUUUGUUAUUGAGCAAUCAAAGAAGACAUUCCCCCAAAGCAACACUGUUGUGAAGUGUGGUAAUGUGGGAAUAGCUACGCUAUUGCGAGAUCCAGAGGUUUAAGCCAGAGGCAUGUAUAGGCCACUGAUUGUUGAAUGCUAGUCAUUUGUAAACUCCACACAUGGAAUUCUGUUUUCCUGGCCCCAAGCAAUGGAUUUCCUUGGAAAUUAUAUUGGCUGAAUCUCAAUUUUACCUGGUGUGAUGCCUGCCCUCCCCCAAUAAUUUAACGUUAUCUGGUGCUCAGAUAUUCUUGUGAAUGUGGAUUGGCCCACAAGGGUUAAAACACAAUGUACAAAUGCAGCAGGCUUUGUGCAGAAAGGUCAAAAGUAUUGUGGAGAUGUAUAAGGCUUCUUAGUGUAAGUAGAACAAGCAUGAAAAAUGUUUCAGCCCCAGGUAAAUGUGCAGCAGGGAUUCCAAAAGUCUCGAAGAAGGAUGCUAGGAUACCACUUCUCAAAACAAAACUUCUUUGUUAACAGCACUGAGAGCCUUUGAGCUGAAAAAUGGGAUAAGAAAUGUUCUAAAUAUAACUAAAUAAAACCUGGCAGAUUUUGGUAUGGCCCACAGAAUUUUUGGAGUAGGGUUGAGAUCUGCUAGAACCCAUGCUAUUUGAUCUGGAGUCUGCUUUUGCUCACUUCACUGGUACUGAUCUUAACAGCCGCAUAUUAUCUGCAUCCACUGUAGGAAGCCUGGGGCAAUCUAUCAACAAUACUGAGGCAAUGGGGCAAUCUAUCAACAAUACUGAGAUAGUAUGCUUUUGAACAUGAGCCCCUGCAGAAUUAUUAUGUUUGCCCCAUUUUCUUAUUGCAGUAAAAAUUAAAGUUUACUUAUGGCAUGAUUUCCCUUCUCUCCAUUGUGCAUGUCCUUGAAUGGGUUUCAACUCCAUUAGUAACUUUUAAGAUAACAUUAUUUCUAUAAGCACCUAGUAGUUUGUAUCUGAAUGGAUAUGGUAGAGAGAUGCACUAGGGCUCCAGUUGUUCAACCCCUGGUUCUGCUGCAAUACUAUUCUGGUCGACUAGCAUUUAUCCAGCUUUCAGAAUGGGGAUUAAGUGUCCAGUAUGUGAACUCCUAUUUGCUAUUUGUUGGUAGGUACUGGUUGAGCUCCCCUUUCUGUGUCCUACUCACCCAAAGCCUACAAAUUUAUAUGGGACAGGAGAAGUAAGUGAUGGUGACCAUCACUUGACCUCUACCCCUUCAGUGAACCCCCUGACCCUUGGUGCCUCCACCUCCUUCUACCCAGAUAAGUUUUGGCACUUGCGGGGUGAAGGAAGCUGAGUAGCAACAGCAGGCACUUCACGUAUCUAUUUUAUGUGUGAUUGCAUGGCGUGUGUUUAAAGGAUCAGUCCUCUCUGGAGCGAACAUACAUUGGGGGACAUUAAUGCAUCCUUGCCAGAAGUGGUAUCCACUGAUAAAUCUCUGAAAUGGUAGCCUGUAUGCCUUACUAAGGGGAGGUAGAAAUUGACAGAUAUUUCAAUAGGGCUUUGUUAAAGAAUUUAUUCUUUUUUUGGUUGCACUUAAAUCUAACUUUUCUUCCAGGAAACGCAGAGUGGUGUGCAUAGGGUUCCCAAGUGGUCUCUUAUCCAGACAUUGACCAAACCCAAAUCCUGGUUCUCUGAGGGUAGAAAGUAGGAUGACCGGAUCAGUCAGAGUUCAGUAUGCCUUGCUUUUGUGUGUCUGUUUUGUCCCAUUUCCAUAUUAUUAUUUUUUUCCUUUUCUAAAUCUGCACACAAUCCUACUAUCAAACUACCUACAAUUUUACAAAGUGCUCUAAGGGCUGUUUUUUAAAAACAAAAACUAUUCAUUUUAUUUUUAAAAAAACAACAGCAGCAACAACAGAUAAUAACUCCAAAUGGUUAGAAAUGCAACUGCUGGGGUCUCAGGGAUCCCAUGAGGGUCAGCUAUCCUUUCUUUCCUUACAAGUUUCGACUAGUGAACCCACUUUGGAAUACACCCCCCCCCCAUCCCUAGUAGAAAGAAAGCUCUCCUAUUAAAUUCCUGUUUUUUCUAAUUGCCCCAGAGCUGAGAUUAAAUACCCAAAUUUUGAAAGGAUCAAAGUGAAAUAUUUCAAUCGAAGGUUUCUAAAAACGUAUUUGGGAGCAUGUUUCAAAGGAAACUUUUUCCUUCAGAGCUAUUAUUUUCUAUUGACAUGUUAAAAAAAAACCCACAAGGAUGAUGAUGAGCGCUCUGACUCCAAGGACGGAUAAAGGAAAUGAGGUCAAUGUUCCACAUUUGGAUUUUUGCGAAGUUGACAGUCACAAACAGGUACCCUGUCCCACUAAGUGAGUGACUCACGUGGUUAGGGAAAUACAGCUGUAAGUGUUAAAGGCCUUUGGCAUUUCCUGGGCAGGAUUGGUGACAGGUUGAGAGCCAUCAGUAGGCACUCCUUGUAAUUUUUAACGGCCUACCCUGCGUCAUCUUGCUGAUGCACCAUAAAUCAAAUAACCUAUUUCAUAGUUAACCCAGUUCUGUAGCCUAACUGCUGGCUGUUGUUAUUGUAAUAGUAUAACUGGUGAGAAAAUAGCCACGUACUUUUUGACCUAAUUAAUACUCUGCAGAAGUGACUUAAAGAGUCUUUCCAUACAUUCGUCAAUUAAGGAGGAAUGAAGUAAUUAACCGAGUGUAUGCCGCAACUAAUUGAUAGCUACACAGUGGGGUUGUAGCAAAAUUUGCAGAGUUGUUGUGAGAAUGGCAUAAGAUGAGAUAGUGCCACAGCUCUUUUUGGUAUUAGGAGCACCUUGUUGCUGCUAGUUACAUAAUUGUGAGUGACCUAGCAGCCACUGUAUUUUUAAAAAGAGAAAGCCAAUGGUCCAUUGCAAAGUAGUUUAGUUGGUGCAGAUUGUGUGCAAAUCUGCGGCUGCAAGUAAAGAACUCGAGAAUUGUCAUAGCAAAGAGGAUAAAGAGCACAACAGGUCCUUGCAUAUCUGUUUAAAAACCUAGUGUUUAUUCCAUGCACAUCUUUUAAAUAAUUAGUUCCUUUGGUGUGUUUGUCAUUAGGUUACAUUUGAGGAUGCAUGGCGAUAGUAGGUUCCUUCAGCAACUUCAUUUUUGUGUGAGAUGGAAUAAAUGAACAUCUAGGUCUGCAAACUUACACAGUUAAGAUUUUUGAGGUUGGCCGGGUUGGCCCUUGCCAAGGGGCCAGGCCCAGGGGGGUACAAAAAUUGCACCUCUCCACUCUGGCUAGGAAUGGCUUGGAGCCUGCCUGGCCAACCACACACUCCCUGGGCCUCUCCUCUGCUGCUCUGGGCAGCUGUGUGAGGUGCACAGACACCUCUGGCAAGGGCACAAGGGAUGGGAUGGGCGGGCACCAAUACAGCUCCUUGCAAAGGGUGCAGUGAGCCUUGGUACGCCUCUGCUGUGCAUAUUUUUAAAAAGCAGCGAUUUGUGCAAAGGGGUGGGGGUAGGGAGAAUGUGUGCAGAAAAUAUGGGAUAAGAUUAGGAAGCAACUGUUACACGUGAUCAUGAAAUAGCUAGGUUUGGCUUUUGCAGAAAGAAGUUAUCAGGCAAGAUAACUGUACCAUGCAUUGCUAUAAAAUCACUGUUAUAAAUAAAAGUGUUGUGGAAGAGAUUGCAGGUAUGGUGCAGUGUUCAUGAAGGAGGCCAGUGCCAGACUUCUUCCUAGACCAUCUCCUCCAAUUAGCAUGUGCUUUUGCACAAUAAUCACAGGGUAGGAGGCAGAAUGAUUUUAGAUCAUGGGAUGUGGGCUGCCUUUUCUUCUUGCAUGAAUCUCCGUUUUGGUUCCUUUGAAUGCAGCCUGGUAUUUUGUGGUAGUAGUUUGCAAACUUUCCAUGAUGGCUUGUCGACCAAAGAACCAUUACAUGUCUCUCUUGGAGGAUUCUAGGGCACAUUGCUCCCUGGUGUCACCUGUGUAAACGGAGAGUAUGCCCUAGAACAUACACUACUGUCUCAUGCUGCUGCGCAUUGCAGGGGGUGGGAAUCAGUAAUAGUAGGCAAGCUAAUUUUUAGGGUGGCUUAUCCAGCACCACUAAUUUCUGGGGUGAAGAACCCCUAAGACGCUUCUGCAACACUAAAGAAUUCCUUCAACACUGUUAGAAAAUUGCUGGUUUAAAGUGAGUGUCAAUUGUUCUAGUUGAGGGAGUGUGAUUUAAUGGCUUGAAAGAAAUGAUGGCAUUUGUCUCCUGUAUUGCUUUCUUAAUGGUAUGACUGGCAGACCUUGGGCAAAUAACUUGGCUUUUGCUUCUUCUUAUGCCAAACUUUUAAAGUAAGGAUGACCGUAUUGGUCUGGCUGCUUCAUCAGCUUAAUUAAUGCUCACUUAACACUUUUGAGAUACUGUAAUGAAAGGUGUUGCAAGAUUGUGAAGUGGUUGAGUUAUGCCAUUCAUCCUCUUCUGUGUGUGUUUGUGUGGGUUAACAGGAAGUGGAAGUCUGUGUGCUAUGGUGCCAAUUAUGAUGACUGACUCAGAUGAAUGUUGACAUCUGACCUCCAUUUUCUUUUGUACCGGUCUGAGAACUAUACUUCCUUUCUUAGUUGUCCAGUCUGUUUUUUACAUUCUUGAUUUGAGCAAUGAGCAAUGACUUUUUAAAAUGAGGAAGUAGCAAAUAUGUUUGAGACAGCAUGCAUUUUUAAGUAGCAAAGCAACACUGCUGUUAAAAAAAGAACUUGCCUCUUGUUCCAAACCUAGGCCUGGAAACUAAGGCCUCUGUGUCAGGCGUACCCCUCUCUUAGUGAAUGAGGAAUGGAGAUGCAGGAAACUACAAUUGCAAGAAUUAUGAAGGGUGGGAAGGAACAAUAGAAAAUGUAUUUGAGACAUUUGGGUAGCCUGAGAUUAAGUGGUGUUGGAUGGCAAUUUUUACUCAGAUUUAAUGGUGGGAUUGGAAGGUGGGGGUCAGUGAAGAAGCUUUAGAGAACAUUCUUACUAAAAGUGUUAUUCUUAACAUCAGUAAGGGAAAGGAUUAGGAGGAAUUUGAUAGGUAGUGAAUAGAAAAUAGAAGAACUAGACUGUGCUGCAAAUCUGUUUGAAAACAUUAAAACAACAAGGCGUUAGUCUGACUUUCUUUUCCCCCCUCUGCUUUUGAAAGAUGAUGAGAUUUAGAUGUGUUGAAAUCCUUUAAUGUGACUGAAGAAGAAAAAUAUGUGCAAAUUCUCUUGAGUUGACUGCUAUCCCAAAAUAUCUCUCACAGAGGCCUCACUUCAGGAAUCAGCCUCUCCUUCUUGGGGCAAACUCCUCUCUCACCUAAACCCCUCUCUGCAGCUGCUGCUUAUGUAAUUUGCAGGUCUGGCCAGACUGUCCCUGAAAGCUCCUUGUACAGUGCAAGUUCACUGAGCAUCAAGCCCCAGUCUUGUUUGAGUUGGCCCCAACAAAUGUUAAGUUUUUAACGCUUCUGCCAUGCUUCAUGUGGCCACAUGCCACAUGAAGUACUGGCUGCAAGUCCUAGAGAAAAGUGGUGCUUGCCUCCCCCUGGUGCCUACAACUUUUUUCUUCCUUUGCAGUUGCUGUGGUGGUUCAGCAUAGACAAGCUGACAGAAAGUGACCCCUCCAAAACAGUGUUGCACAUUUCAGCUUUCUUGGUUGCUUUGAAUGGGUAACAUCAAAGCUGUUUAAAAAUAAAUAAAUUCUGAAUUUCUGUACAGUGCUGGAGAAUUCCAAAACUUGCAGGAUAUCUUCCAAAAACACUAAUCACUCCCUGCCCCUCCUCCAAAUAAAUCUUUUCUCAUACAAUCUGGGCACCCAAAGAGAGAUUCUGGGGCACUAACUAGGGUACAUGGGAUUUAGGACAAAUAGGGACCCAGCACUGAGAUUUAAGAGGAAUUUGAGGUCCCAAGAGACACCCUUCCAGGUGAAAAGAAGAUCUUGUAGGAGAGGGAGGAUACGUGUUACCAGCUGAGGAACUGUCAAAAAAUUUAAAAAACGAAAGAGUUAAUAGUCUCUGCAGCAAAGCACUAAACUGCAGUAGAGCUGUAUUGUUACCUCACUUGAAGUUUUAUAGAUGUUUUUGGGAAAGAAAGAAAGAAACCAAAUCAUAAAACAGGUUCCUGAAGAACACGACAGAUUGAUACAAGCUUUCCACUUAAGGUUGAUUUGGCUACCUGUAUUCACUAGUAGUAUAAAUGUCAAACCUGCAAUGCUGGACUGCCUUGGAGUGAGUUUUGAGAGGCUGUUUUUUGUUUUGUUUUUUAAUAAACAGAAUGUAACUGACAGGAUGGGUGUGGCUUUGAUUUCAUAGAUCUAGGAAGAGAAGAGAAGGAAGCAGCAAGGCUUUGUUAUGAAACAGGCUGUCUGGCAAACGGGCAUCCCACAGGAAGCACUACUUGAGUGCAGAUAGGUACAUUGCUAAUGAGGAUUAAUGCUUGUCCUGGUUGACAUCACUCCUGGGAUCUGGAAGGACAGUGUUACUUAAUCCGAAGGACUACAUAAUCAGCCGAUGAGAAAUUAUUUUGAAGGCUUAAUUCUUUGUAUCAGAACAUACAGCUGUAGUGAGGGAACAGCAAACUAGGUCAUCCGUGAGCAGACAUGUUCCCCACCCCCAACCCGUGUCAUGCUUAUUAAUCACUCAAAAAAUAAGUUGAGCAAUGCUUACCAAUAGCUCUUCGGGCUAAAUUUAAGAGGGAUUGGUUAUAUGUUUGCUUGUGCGUAGGUGAGGCAGCCAACUGAAGAAACGUAGCACGCUGUUGAACUUGUUCACCUGACACUAAUGGUCUUCCUCACAAAACUUGUAGUGCGACCUGUUACUCAAUCAGAAAUUCUGACCCUCUCUCUAAAGUAAGAGGAAUGUGCCCUCCAUGAACAGGGAAAACACUUGAGCCAAACACCCCCAGCUUCUGUCAACUAUUCCACUGCAAACUUUCUUCCAUUAUUCAUUAAGCAUUGUGGUCCAUUUUCUGCACUUGGUUCAACUCUUGAAGUGUGAGGUGGGCCACCUUAGAAGGUACGAAAAAUGGCCGGACAAGUAUGAGGCCCUUCCUGGUUUUCUCAGUAUGUAUUCAUUAGGUCAGGAGAUGGAGAUUUUUAGCUACCUGCUCUAGUCAGAGUAAGUGCUGGGAAAGAAUGUGACCAUUCUGUUUUGUUUUGUUUUGUUUUGUUUUGUUUUGUUUUGUUUUGUUUUUACAAAGCUUUUGUUUCCCCUUAUUUCAUUUCCCUUAGCUGCUACCUUUCACAUGGGUGUGUGGAGAAAUAGAAUUAAUUUUAAGACAUGAUACAUUUCAUUGGUGUUGGUUACGCAUAAGAAGGCAUGGGUAUUUAUUUCCUCAACUUACAAAGGGUUCUCUGUGACAAGAUUUGGAAACCCCUGUUCAAAGCAGAAGCUGUUGUCAGGAAUGAAUGUGAAAGAUGCAGCGAGGAAAAGGUCAAAGUCAGAUAAAUUGAAAAAGACAUAAUUGCCAUGAGUGAAUGAAGGGAGUGGUAGCAACAGGCAGAAGUGAAAUGGAGAAAGACCUGCUGGAAAGAAGGUGUGACCCAGGAUGACUGUGAUGGGAACAGGUGCAUCACUCAGAUCUUCACUCCUAUGCUAAUUGGUUAUCAUUUCUCAUUUUCUGGGUACUUCAUGCUAUACCAAUCGAAUCCUUUAUAUAUUGUAAUUGUAGCUCUCUAUGUUAAUGCAUCAUGUAUUUGUUAUUGUUAGUUUGUUAGGUGUUUAUAGGUUUAAUUCAUUCAUGUUACUGUUAUAGUUCCUAUGCAUGUUUUCAUUUUAAAAUUAAAUAUAGAUAUUUACCAGUAGGAGUUAUGGCCUGUCAUACUUAGAGUCUAUUUUUUGUCUUAAGAGGAAAUAUUUGCACAGAAUUAAGCAUUGGAAUUCCAUGAAUGCACAUCAAGCCUCUUCAUUUCUGAGAAUAUGGAGGUCUUGGUGGGCUGAGCAGGAUUGUGUCUCCUGGUUGCAUCCCCUCUACGAGUUGGAUGUGUUCCGGCUUAUUUAUUUAUUUUUACAUUAUAUCCUACCUUUCCUCCAGAGACCUUAAGGCAGGCAUCCCCAAACUGCGGCCCUCUAGAUGUUUUGGCCUACAGCUCCCAUGAUCCCUAGCUAACAGGACCAGUGGUCAGGGAUGGUGGGAAUUGUAGUCCAAAACAUCUGGAGGGCCAAAGGUUGGGGAUGCCUGCCUUAAGGUGAUGCAAGCACUUCUUCUCUUCUGCACUUUUAUCCUCACAAAAACCCUGUGGGGUAGGUUAGACUGAGAGAGAGUGACUGGCCCAAGGUCACCUAGAGAGGUUCAUGACUGAAUGGGAUUUGAACCCAGGUCUCCCAGGUCCUUGUCCAGCACUCUAACCACUACACCACGCUGGCUCUUCUGAUUCUUGGGUGGGUGGGUUUGUGGAUGCAGUUCCUCCUCCUCCCUGUUUAGAUAUGUCAAGUGUGUAUGGCUACUUUGGGGGAACAAAGUGUGCACUCUGCACCUUUUUAGUUUGAGGACCAUAUAUAAGAUUGUCCCUCUUCCAUUUAUAAGUUGGCGGGCCAGAAAUGUUCCACAAGGAUCUCUUAGCUCAAUUAAUAAUUCCAAAAUUGAAAUGGAAGAGGUCAUGCAAGGCUGGACUUGCAAUUAAGUAAUGUGAAAACAGUAAUUUCAAGUACAGUUUUUCACAGAGCCAAAGGAAGAGUGUCACUCUGACCUUCUAGUUCAGUGGCUAAAAUAUCAUCAUCUUGGGCUUCACUUCUGUUACUGUAUGUUCUGACUUUUGAUUGAGGCAAUAUUACACCUGACAUUAUUAUUUCAUUUAUAAAGCAUUUAAUUUUACUUGGGCUGGCAAGGAGGGCUUUGUGGUAACAUUUUUUAUGUUUAACACCAUUGUAUAUUCAAACCCAUACCCCUCUCCCUGACUUAAAUGAGAGCAAUAUACCUUUAAAUUACUUUUGGAUCUGCAGUUCUUCAUUGUAUAUCUCUUUUUGGAGGAUUUGUUUGUUUGUUUGUUUUUAAGAAUGAUGUGGCUUUGAAGCUUGUAUGACCAAUGUUACAGCAAAGCCCUCUUUGUUCUCUUUCUGUGGAGAUUUCCUCUUCCUGUCUCUCGCAAAUAAUGGUUUUUGUACUAUUCCGUCUAAAAUGAAACCACCUAUCUUCCUCUCCCCUGCAGCGUUAACGAGCUCUACGUGGAUGAUCCAGACAAAACGAGUGGUGGUAAAAUAGAAGUAAAUUUGAACAUCAGUUUGCCGAAUCUGCACUGUGAAUGUGAGUACAUCUUUUUUUGCGGCUGUGUUUGCCAGUAGUGAUUGAGUAACCACUAUGUUGGCUUCAUAAUUCACGUUCAGAUUGCUAUGAAUCAUUUCCAUUCUUUUUCUAGGAAAAAAGAAGAAAAUGUCCUCUUUAGGGUGCAUUCUUGCUUUUAUGAAUGGCUGCUUUCCGCUAUUACUAAACACUUAUUUGGGCAAUGGCGAAUAAGGCACUGUAUUAAAGUGACAUAGUCCCUAAGGUAAAAGAAAAGAAUUUUUGGAACAUUCUUCCCCAGGGGGACUCACCUAGGACCUGUCUUCCGGCACCAGGCAGAAAUCCUUUAAACUUCCUUUCCCCAGGCCUUACAUAACAUUAGCUGAACUGUUUUAACCUGUCCCUAUUAUGCUCCUGUGUUUUAUCCUGUUGCUGCUGUUUUGUUUUUGCUGUUUGUUAUUAUUGUUAUUAUUUAUUAAAUUUGUACACCACCCUUCAUCCAAAGAUCACAGGGCGGUUCACAAUAAAAAAACCAUAAAACGAGAAUGCAAAAUACAUAACACAAAUAAGAACAAAAGUAAAAACAAACCAAUAACACCCGCCCAAAUGUAAAAGGACAUAGGAUGUUAAUCAGCCAAGGGCCUGGUUGAAGAGAAGCACUUUUGCCUGGCACCUAAAGAUAUGUAAUGAAGGUGCCAGGUGAGGCUCCCUGGGGAGAAUGCUCCACAAAUGAGGAGCCACCACAGAAAAGACCCGUACCUUGCUAUGAAAGGCAGCAGGAGAGAAGGAUUGAUACCUAUAUCCUAGGAACAAAUCACUAAAUACUUAAUAAUGCAAUUCACCUAGAGUACUUAUUGAGUUCAGACAAGGAGAUCUGCAAAUAAUCUGAUAACAGAGCCCAUUUAUGACUAAAGGAGUACUUGGGAGAUAAGAGAAACUUGCUGAUGAUUAUGCUUUCUGAUUAGCCUAACUGCUGACUUAAUUAAAUAAUUUUAUUUGUAUUCUAAUUUUUUAAAUAUCAGAAAGGUUUCUUAAGAACGAUUCAUGUAUCCUUCUUUGUAGUAUGUUAUUUUUAACACUCCCAUUCUUUUCCCGCUUUCUCCCUGAUUCCUAAACACAUAGUGAUUGGUCUGGAUAUCCAAGAUGAAAUGGGAAGACAUGAAGUUGGCCACAUUGACAAAUCGAUGAAAAUUCCUCUGAAUAAUGGGGAUGGGUGCAGAUUCGAGGGCCAUUUUAGCAUUAACAAGGCAAGUUGGAAUAAUCCAUGCUGGGGAAAUGUUGGCAAAUUUGACAAUAAAUUGUUGUGAAGUCUCUGGGUGCUGCACUGCUGGGAGAGCUGGGAGGGUUACAUAGCCAGGUCUAAAGGUACGGAUGCCCCCCCCAAGAAUACACUGCAGGACAUUAUGGAAACAACUGAGGCAGCCUGCACUGUUCCAGGAUAAAUGAGGGUUCUAUAUUUAUGUUUUGUUUCAAGGAACCAGAAUGUUAAUGCAGUCAUGGUAAGGGGAAUUGUGUGUGUCAGUAGAUCUUCCAGAUUACUAUUUCUGGCAGCAAAUAAGAAAGUUUUUCUGGAAGUAAAUCUAAUUAUGAAUAAACACAGCAGCCCAGUCUUGAAAUGAGAACCAGAGCACCUAUUGGCAAAAAAUGCACCAUUCUGCUAUUUGGAAAUGAAUGGCUGGUGUGUCUACCUGCUAGCAAAUGCCAUUGUUCUUGUGCUAAUCUUUGUGUACGUAAAUCGUGGGAUGUAGUUCAAAAAGCAGAAACAAAGAUACUACUGCUACCAAAGUAAAUAAAUUUUAGUUGAAUAAGAGCUGAGUUUUAUUUGAUUGAUUUUUAAAUCUGCAUGAAUUACCAUAUGCAUAGACAAUUACAUUGAAGAGAAAAAUGUGUGUAUUUGGGUAGCUGAGCCUGUGCCAACCUGAUGCCUGCCAGAUGUUCUGGACCACAACCCUCUUCAGCCCUAGCCAGCAUGGCUGUAGUUCAGAAUAUCUGGAGGGCACUAGCUUGGCAAAGGCUAGUGUAUGUAUGUGUGAAAAGAACAUACCGUAUUUUUUUCUCCAUAAGACGCUCCUGACAAUAAGGCGCACCUAGUUUUUAGAGGGGGAAAGCAAGAAAAACAAAUUUCUGUGCAGAGCAUGUAAGCGGUUCUCGCUUUCCUUGCUUUAAAGCAAGCAAAGCGAGAGCCGCUUACAUGGCUUCUGUCCCGCUCUGCGCAGCUCUCACUUUGCUUGCCCAUCCCUCCUCCCGCCUCCCUGUAAAAGAGGAGGAGGAGACACUGGGACAGGUGCUUUGCUUGCUUUACAGUGAGGUGGGAGGAGAGAUGGGCAAGCAAAGUGAGAGCUGCGCAGAGCGGGAGAGAAGCCAUGUAAGCAGCUCUCGCUUUGCUCUCUCCCUUCCGUCCCUCCUCCCGCUUCGCUAUGAAGCCAGAAGCGCAAAAGGCGCUGCGUUGCUCUCGUUCUUUCUCUGCUGUCAGCAGAGCAGCGCAGUGCGUCUGGCUUCUCUUCUGGCUUCCCAGCGAAGCGGGAGGAGGGACUGAAGGUAGCCCUUACACAGAGCCCUUUCCAUCCCUCAUUCCACUUCGCUGAGAACCCAGCAGAGCAAGAGCGACAGGCGGGAGCCACGGCUCCGGCUGCGGAGGCAUCCCUCAGCUCGUGACUGCAGCGGUAGCCGAGGGAUCCCUCUGCUGCCCAGUGCAUUCGCUCCAUAAGACGCAUAGACAUUUCCCCUUACUUUUUAGGAGGAAAAAAGUGCGUCUUGUGGAGUGAAAAAUACAGUAAAAAGAUCGCUGCUGGAUCAUACCAAGGGUCCCAUUCUAACAGUGGCCAAUUACAGCAGGCACUACUAUAGAAGUGUGCCCACUUUUGUGUGAAAUACAGUGGUACCUCGGGUUAAGUACUUAAUUCGUUCCGGAGGUCCAUUCUUAACCUGAAACUGUUCUUAACCUGAAGCACCACUUCAGCUAAUGGGGCCUCCUGCUGCCGCCGCGCCGCCAGAGCCCGAUUUCUGUUCUUAUCCUGAAGCAGUAUUUCUGGGUUAGCGGAGUGUGUAACCUGAAGCGUAUGUAACCUGAGGUACCACUGUAGUCUUUUCUAAGAUGCCAACUGCUAUUAUAGUUUUCAUAAAUAUUUACACUUUUGUUUUUUAAAAAAUGACACAUCUUAGAAAAUGUGUUGCCUGAUUUAGUCAAGGGUACAUUUUAGAUCAGUUAAUCUAGCUAUUUAGCUGACUAAACCAGCAUCCCUAGUUAGAACGGAAAGCAGCAAAGAGAGGUGCGUAUUUGUGGGGGCAAAAACCACGCUAGAAAGAGGAAGUCAUGCUGCACUGACAUGUUGCCAUGGGGUGGAGCAUGGGUAAACAUGGGAGCUGAAAACACUUCUGAGUUCUUUGUGGUUUGUUGAUGAGCUCAGAGUGUCAGCGUGUUUUCUUUUCUCCUCCCAAAGCAUUGUACAGCCAGCAUGUGAGUCACUGCAGUGCAAAGGGCUGUGGCCCAACUCUGCACAAACUCCCUUCUGUUCCAAGAAGUGCUCAGCCUUUGAGGAAUGCCAGCAAAAGAGAGAGAGAUGGAUGGUGUGGGAGAUGCGUUUCUUCUCUCAUCUCAGUGGAGACCAAGUUUCUCUUCCAGCAGCAAGGGGUGUACGCAUUUUGUUGGGCGGGUGUGUCUAGCAUUAGGUAAUCUGACCAUGUAAGGCAGUCCAUGACUUCACUUGGGUGGGGGAGAGGGAGUGUGUGACUGCUAGCAUAAUAAGGAUGUAACCCUAAUUCACACCUCAUUUUUAUACCACAGGCUACAAAAUCCUGCUGCUUCCUCUUCCUCCUAAUUCAUGUUGGAGCACACCUAAAAAUAACAAGCAGGCCCUACCCUUGCUUAUGCUGCAGUACAAAAAUAUAUGUGAAUGUUUUUAUUUGAUUGCUUUCCCCCUGUCAGCUGUUUUUGUGUGUCAGUCAUCAGCCACUCUAGCAAACUGAAAAACAACUUGCGAGUCUACGUAGAUUGUGCAGUUUUUAAUCUUUAUACUUAAAAUAAUAACAAAGUACACAAAGAGCUCCUGCGUUGGAUUGUAUAUUUUCUGUCUAAGGCUUUCUUUGUACUUCUAAGAAAAAGUGUCCUUAGUACGGUUUAUCCCUCACCCCCUCCAGCUGUGUAUUAUUUUGGGUGGUUUGUGUGUGGAAUUUUGUUAGGAGAAGUACCUUAGAUUUCAGCUGCUUUGGUUUAAUGACAAUACAAUUAGAUGUGUUCUUUCCCAUUAUGUUUGUGAGUAAUUCCCUGGUGUUAAGGAGCUAUUUGCUUGCUUACCCCACAUUGUAGGUACAAAAUAAACAGAUUCAAAAUAUGGUGAGGAGGUAAGAAUGUAUCCCACCAAUUUUUGUAUCAGUUGUGCUGGUUGCCCAUAUAUUUGGGGGACAGAUUCAACGUGCUGCUUAUUACACACACACACACACACACACACACACACACACAUGCCUGUAAUUUUUUAUUCAGGUCAUACUAAUAAAAAACAGAAAUAAAAUGGCAUUCAAUAUGAAAUGCAUGCAUGGUGAAUUGCAGUGAGUUAGUAAAAAGGAAAAAAGAGACCACAUCACCUUUGUUUUUACAAACAACAUCGUACAACACAUCACAGCUUUAUAAACGCAUUUCUGGAGUACCCGUUUCCACCACCCACUUCUGCCCCCCCAAAUGGAGACCAUAUUGAAUGGUGACCUCCAGGACAAUAUUAGUAGUUUUAGUUCCCCGAUGAGCAUCCAGGAAACCUAAGAACAAAAGCCACAUUGAUCAUUAAGAACUACUUGGAAAUGGCUCUUCUUUCCCCCCCAAGGUCCAGCAUCGCUUCUACAUACAUCGAGGAGAACCAGUUAAGAGUAGAAAAUGUUCUCUAGAAGCAGAGCUCUGACUUCCGUAGGGCAAGUCUGUACAAUAAUGUAGUGGUAACGUUUGGGGGUGGUGAAAAAUACUGAUAGGACAAGCAUGUUGGGAAGUCAUGGGACUAUCCUUUUAAAGCCCUGAAUGAUUUGGGACAACAGUUCUUAAAGGAGCUCUUCUGUCUACCCUAGAUCUGUGUCAGUCAGCCUGCUUUAGUCUUUGCUGGUGAAAGUGCUCAGGCAGGUGGGCGCUUGCAAUGUGGCCUGCUCCUCAGGGCUUUCAGAAUUAGACAUCCCUUGUGUCUUAAGCAGGUCUUAGAGAACUUCUAUUUCUCCAGAGUUUUCAGUGAAAGAUCACAUAGCAGAGGUGGCUAAUCUGUAGGCUGCAUAGCACUCUCUCAAAAGCUUUUUGUAGCCUUCAAGCUCCCUCCCCCCAUUAGUGAUUCUAAGAAAAAACUUAUAAAUGAUUAUAUAUAUAUAUAUAUAUAUAUAUAUAUAUAUAUCCUGACAGCUCCCAUAGGCAACCCGCUGUGAUGCAAAAAUAUUUUUUUUACCACUCUCAUGGUCCCCUGGUGUGAUUCUGUGAUGCCACAAGGUUUUUGUGACCAUCCACCAGACCUCGAAACUGUGUUCUAGAAAAGAAAAGCUGAAACCCACUUUUACACUUUGGCCGUGCCCACUUUGAAAUGCGGCCCCUGGAGCAUUGACAAUGUGUCAGUGAGGCCCUUGGCCCCCCGAACGUUAGCCACUCCUGUCAUAAAGAGUAGCUCCUUAUUUCUGUGUGUGCGUGUGUGGUUUUAUGAUGACAUUGUUGCUGGCUCCGACUUUGUUGUUAUUAAUGAUGUAUUAAUGUUUUGGAUUUGGAUACUUUAAAUGAUGCAAGCCCCUUUGUGGGUAAUUUGACUGCACAGUGAGCUGGCAUUCCCAGUGAUUGAAUGGACAGGCUUUGGGUGACAUGUAGACCCUAGCGAGCUGGUUGAUGCGAAUACUAUAGUGGAGUGUUUAUGAGUAUAUGGUCACAGGUAGGCACCCCUCUUUCUCUUUCAAGUGUCAAGCUGUUUGGAGUUCUCCCCAGCUUUAUUCAGAUGCAAAAAGAGUAUGUGACGUACCUGACAAAAUAUACCUGACAGAGAUGUGAUGUACCUGACAAACUGACCCUGGCUGUUAUUGGUCAGAAAGAGCCUGAGGUCUUCCCUCCAAGGGUAGGAGAGAGAGCCUUUAAAAGCAGAUCUGCCCUUGCAGCUUGGAGCCUUCUACGAUCAGAGUCCAGAGAGGAAGCUGACUGUCUUUGCUACCUCCUCAUAAGCAGACUGAGAUCACUGUGCUAUUAGUAAGCAGGACAGAAGUAGUCAGCUUUUGGAGUCAUUGGGCUCUUUCUGUUUUUAAUAAUUCCGUGAGACCUUGUUGCCCUCUUCCUUACUUAAUCUUAAUGAAGUUUCAAAAUUGGACGAGUGAAAGCAGAGUGUGAUUGCUACCCUUGGGAUUCAGAAAUCUCAAUGUGCCUAGACCACUUUGGUUUUCAUGCUAAUGGAAGUCAUAAGACCAGAGUGCGUAAAGCCAGGAAUUUGCCCAGUUCUCUCUGGGAGAAGCAGAGAGCUGGCUUUAAACUCCUGUGUAAAUUGCAAGGGGUUGGCUGGAGGCAUGAAGAAUGUGGGUCCAGGAACCAGGGCUUUAACACUUAAUUGAGUAUACUGUUUCUGCCUUUGUUUCUGGGGCUGUAGGCGACCGAGAAGGAUGGUGGUGGAAGCAACUGUUUGAUAGUAAGACCUAGUUGCUAGGGCUGUGGGGCUGUUGCGCAGCUGCUGCGCAAGGAUGGGGUGUGAGACACUCUACUAAGCAUCUCCCCUUCUCCACAAGGUUCACUUACGUUCCUUGACUAGAUGGAGCUAAGGAGGACAAGUCCUAUGCAGAGCAACUUGCUCUUAUCACCCAGUGAGUCAUUGGGCUCAGCAGCAGCAAUGAAUGAAUGAAUGGAUAUUUCUUCUCUUCUACUAAGAGAACACAGGGCGGUGUACCAUAAAACGACAUCAUAUAAUCUAUAAAAGUACUAACUACAGUGGUGCCUCGCAAGACGAAAUAAAUCCGUUCCGCGAGUGUCUUCGUCUAGCGGUUUUUUCGUCUUGCGAAGCAACCCUAUUAGCGGAUUAGCGCUAUUAGCGGUUUAGCGGCUAUUAAAGGCUUAUCGGAUUAGCUGCUAAAAGGCUAUUAAAGGCUUGGCGGCUUAGAUAAGGGGGGGGGGGGAGCGAAAAAAAAAUCUCAAGACUCGCAAGACAUUUUCGUCUUGCGAAGCAAGCCCAUAGGGAAAUUCGUCCUGCAAAGCAACUCAAAAACGGAAAACCUUUCGUCUAGCGGGUUUUCCGUCUUGCGAGGCAUUCGUCUUGCGGGGCACCACUGUAUAUGAAAUGAGAUUUAUUUCAAAGCUUAAUUGGUGGGUACUCACUGUGACCAUCUCCAAUGUAGUUUUUGCUCCACCCUUUGCAGGACAGUGAACUAGCAGUUUGCAUGAUGUAGAGAAGCCAAAAACGAUGAACACACGCCCCCCUCCAACACACACAGUCCCCCCUUCUACUUGCUUCCUUAUUGUAGUAGUGCUUGAACAGGAUUCUGUUUAAAAUGCUUUGUGAUGCAGUUCCAUUUGUAACAAACCCUGAAAGGCUGCUGAUCCCAGAGUGAUCUAAUCACAAUUAACAAUUGUCAUGGUAACCAGAGUUCUUAGCUGAAAUCUGUGCAUUCAGGAACUAUGUGUACUAAAAUUUUGUAAAGAAAAAGCAUGUUUGGGAAGGGGCCACUGUAAAAGCUGGAGCCUGAUUGUCAUUUUAAAAAAAGAAUUAAUUUAAAACCUACUUCAGCUGAAGAGCCCUCUUGGCACUUGCCAGUGCUUCCGGUGAUAAUGGCCAUUACAGAUCUCUCUGUCCCUGACCUAACUAUUUUGUCUUCAAAUCCAUCCUAUGGCAGCUGGAGCAAAAGGAGAGGUUGUGUGAAGUUCCAGCUGCUUCAGCACGUGCCAGGCUGGUUGUUUGGAUUUAAGCUGUGGCUUGCAUGUUUUGGCACAUGGUCUUGGAGGCGGUGGGCCAGAAGACUUUCCCUACAUCUGUCAUAGACUGAGGUGGUCAUGAAGAUCAGGGACAAAGCAUCUUGAAAUGAGGGGUGUAACGAAGAACAUAAAUCGUAGUUUAAGGAGAGCCAAAGGUCUUUGUGCUAGAUGAGAGUCUUAGGAAUUCAAACCGUCUAAGAACUGCAGCACAAAGAACUGGGUGGUGGCAGUAUUUCACCCUCUUGUUAACAAAGGUGCUUGUUUGAAGGUGAAAUGUGGGUGCAGCUUCAUGGCAGUUCUCUUGGUGAUGGGAUGUGUAGAUGGGAAUGAUUCACAGGGCCAAUGCAAGAAGUGCAGCCUGCUCUGUUUCAGAAGUAAUGUUAGCACAGGAUAUAUUUCCCACAGCCAUUUCCUAUCUUGUGGCGGAUGGAGGUGGAGCUUACCAUCCUUCUAGCUUAGCGCUAGAGUGCAGAACCAGGAGCUCAGGCCUAUGUGGUGGGUGAUAAUCUUGAAUCAGUAUUACUCCUGUAGUGCAGCAACUGAUGCAAAAUUGCAGCCAUCGUGUGGUGGCUCCAUGGAUCCUCAGGUGGAGCUUGACAAAUAUUUCAUUUGAUUUAGGGGAGGAGGCAAGAGUGCUCCAGAUCUCUGAGCCUUUGAUGAGUGAGUGGUCAAUUAUAGCAGUCUUCUAGACUGAGAGUAGAUUAUUGUGACUAUUAUUGAAUCUGGCCUGUGACUAACCCCUUUCCUUGAUGAAAGCGUUGUAAGGUUUUAAAACCUUAUUGCUCUGUAAUAGAUGUUGGAGGCCAAAUGAUGUAAGUCACCAGCCUUAGCCUUGUGUUCCCCAUCAUUCAGCUUAGUCUGUGUUGAGAACUUAAAAGCUUAACAAAUGCUGAACUCUUGCCUGCUUUUAGGUUCCAGGUAAUUUUCACGUAUCGACACACAGUGCCACUGCACAGCCUCAGAAUCCUGACAUGACACACGUCAUCCACAAACUAACCUUCGGUGACAAGUUACAGGUGAGUCUUGAGUUAAGACAUCUCUUAAGAGGAUGCAAUAGAAGCUACAGUGGUGCCCCGCAAGACGAAUGCCUCGCAAGACGGAAAACCCGCUAGACGAAAGGGUUUUCCGUUUUUGAGUUGCUUCGCAGGACGAAUUUCCCUAUGGGCUUGCUUCGCAAGACGAAAAUGUCUUGUGAGUCUAGAGAUUUUUUUUCCGCUUUUCCCCCCUUUAUCUAAUCUGCUAAGCCUUUAAUAGCCUUUAAUAGCCUUUUAGCAGCUAAUCCCCUAAGCCUUUAAGCCUUUAAUAGCCGCUAAACCGCUAAUAGCGCUAAUCCGUUAAGCCGCUAAUAGGGUUGCUUCGCAAGACGAAAAAACCGCUAGACGAAGACUCUCGCGGAACGGAUUAAUUUCGUCUUGCGAGGCACCACUGUACAUUUGCUAACUGUUAAACUUUCAUGUAUGUUGUCGUAUGUGGCAUAAAAGGUUCCAGAGGGUGAAGAGGUUACAUUUUCAGUCUGACAUAUUUAAUAGGUAAAAGUGAUAGGUAAAAGUAUUUGGAAAAGGGCUGCUUCUCUACCCCCCUAAAAUAAAGCAGUAUACCUGAUUGGUGCUUGUAAGCACAUACGUAUUAUAAGAUGAAAAUCCACUUUCAUGAUAAAAUAUACAGUCGUACCUUGAAUCACGAACGCCUUGCAAGUCAAACAUUUUGGCUCCCAAACGCCACAAACUGGGAAGUGAGUGUUCCAGUUUGCAAAUGUUCUUUGGAACCCAAACAUCUGACGCAGCUGACACAGCUUCCGAUUGGCUGUAGGAGCUUCCUGCAGCCAAUCAGAAGCCAUGCCUUGGUUUCCAAACGUUUUGGAAGUCGAACAGACUUCCGGAACAGAUUCUGUUCGACUUAUGAGGUACAACUGCAUUAAUAAGCACCAGUUGCAGCAACAGCCUUAUGAUGUUGGAUUGCAUACCAUCCAUUUUUUGGUGGGAGGAGCGUGCUGCAAUGCUUCAAAUCAUUUGCUAGUGUAAAGGGCUCAGGCUGUAGCUUCCUUAUUCUAUAAAUUGUUCAGUGGGUUCUCUGCCUAUUCACAUUUGCCAGGGGAGGCUUGCUGCCUAGUUUAUUCUCUUCUGUUCUGCAUUUAUUCCUAUAUCUUAGGAAUAGUUGGUGACAUUCACACUACUAUAUAUGUGUGGUUGUGCCUUGGUGACACGUGUGGGAGUGAUAUUCUUGGGAUUAGGGACUGUCAGAGAAACCACCAGACACUGCUUUGUCUCUGCCGAAGAGAAGUAUUUCAGUCAAAAGUAGGAGGAGUCGGCACAGACAGUUCAUUGUCUCCUUCCAUACCCUUUCCCAAAUCUAGAUGUUUUCAGUAGUGAAGGUGUGGCAGUAGCAGAGAAAGAGGGGGCGGGAUGCACCAGCCAUCACGGAGGGCAGCAGGUGGGCUGCAGGGCGUCACGGGGUAGCUGGGCGGCAUGGGUGCAUGAAAGUGGAUUUUCAUGGGUAGCUGGGCGGCAUGGGUGCAGCAGUCCUUCAAGAAGCCAGCUAAGUUUAUGCAGUGUUCCCCAAGGCAACGUUUCCCCAAAAAGCUGAACAACUUUGGGCGAUCUCUUAAAAAGUGCUCCACCCCAGGUGCCGGCGGGGAUUGCUAUACCGCUGAGGUUUGGAUUCAACUGUUGUGAAUGUUACCAUGUCACUCAUUAGUGCUCCUUUGCCAGACUCGAGUCCCCAUAUGUUGAUGCCUACAACCCCUAUCAUCCCAAUGGUCACAUGGCCAGUGUCCUGGGAGGAUUGGAGUUGUAGUCUAGCAAAAUGGGGACUUUGGUUUGAGGACGGCUGCUACAAUCCUUCCUCUAUUCCUAUGCUCUUACGGAGAACAGAGGCUGGAAAGAGAGAUUUCUUUUACCAUCUCUCUCUUUCUAAUCGGCUUUGGUUGAGGAAAAGCACAUACUUGCCCUGUGGCCGGUAUCCUCUGUAAUGUUGUUACAUAACUCUCAGUUUCACAAUGGGGAUGUCUCACUGUACACCACCCUCUUCACCUACUUUUCAAAGACUUCACUUCGCAAGAGUUGCAGUAGUAUUUGCCAUCACCACCUACUCACCACACGUACCAGCCAUGCUUUUAAAACCAUACUCUCAUUGCAAUUUUGGCUAAUCAACACAGGCAUUUCAUUACACUUGCUUCGCACACCUAUUCCUCAAAAACCUUUCUAACACUCGUCUGGUUUUUGCCCUUAGCUUCCAUGAGAACCAUUAAAAUAUCAGCUUAUUUGGCCCAUCUGUGGGCACUCAAGGCCUUACAACAGCGAUGUACAACACCACCAUUAAAAACAAUAUCAGUAAGCUAAAAAUGUGGAAGCAUCCUCAAAACGCCAUCACAGAACCAGCAGCGUUAUUCAGCAGCUUUUAAGAUUCAAUGGGAUUUUGCCUUCACAUUCCUUAAAGCACCUUGGGAGUGAUUCCAUUAUGUAAUGCUCAGGCACACCUCUGCAAUGGGUAUUUACCUGAACCCAUCCCUUCCAAAUUGGUUUCAGAAAAUACCCGCUGCCUAUGUGUACAUUUUGUUCCUGAAUCAAGCUGGUGUUUCCAUGUGCGUGGCCACCCUCCCACACCUGCCCUUCACCGUACCGGUUGCCUUGCUCGUUUCACCUGUAGAAUAUUAUGGCAUGGGGAAAAAGCAGUUACUGCCAUGCUGAAGUUUUUUACUUCAGUGAACACAGAAACCUGCCUUACAAGAGGUCAGACUGUUUGUCCAUCUAGCCUACUCUUACCUAUUCUGACUGUGCAUUGUGAGCGUUAGAUGAAAGCUCAUUACCUGACUUUUCUGAAGGGGGGGGGAUUGAUCAUUUGAAUGUUGUAAGGGCGUAAUUGAUAAUAGGUAGGUGCCUUCGCUCUACCUACUGAAAACUUUUCUGUUCCAGUGUGUCUAGUCAGAUACAGUAUAUUAUUUGGUCACAUCUUAAUUUUUUAAAAAAUGUUUUACGUUGUCUGCUGUUGUUUAAAUGUUUCAGAUGCUUUUAAUUGUGCUUCUUUUAAAAAAUAAAAAUUUAAUUGUAUCUGCCCUGGGCUUCUUUGGGAGGAAGGGCAGGAUAUAAAUGUAUCUAAUAAGUAAGAAAGUAUUAGAGAAAGAAAGCUACCUUAAAGUUGUACCAAAAGAACCCUUUUUGGUUUUCUGUCCUUAAGACUUGAAGUCAUGAGACCUGAAUCAAAUAACGGCCUUGAAUUAAUACUAGCACGCUGUCUUUGAUGAAUGCUACAUAUUUCAGACAAAAUCGUGCAUAUAAUUCUACCCUCCUGGGGGAAGAUGAACUCCCCUGACCCGUAGAGCUGAGAUCAGCUCUGUUCAGAAAUGCUGCUUCUUAUUAAGCUGUUCUGAUAGCACAUCUGUGAAUGAGGUCCUGUGAGAAAGAGUUGCGGUCAUCUUUCUGUAUAAUCCUUCAGUUGUCACUGUCGCUUGGUACAGGGUAAAGCCUCUCGAUGCUAAUAAUUUGAGUAGCACCAUAGAAGACCCAGAUGUGCCAUCCAGUUACAUUUGUCACCCUUGUGUCACUUGCCCCUUUUGUUGUAAUUGCAUGAGGCUUGUGUGUAAUUACAAGGAAGCUGAACUGGGGGUGAUGUGAGUACUAAUAAUGGAGGAGGUGUUUUGUGGGUUUCCAUUAAUUUUAUAUUGUUUAUAUGUUUUGAUUUUUAUUGACCACCCAUUAAACAUAAGGUAGUCACACAAAGUUUAAAACAAUAAAAUAUUCUAAUUUAUUAAAUUUGUCAUAUUAGAUUAAUAAGAAUGCCUAUGUAAAAGUACACACAACAUAAAAUCAUUCUAAAACAGCAUUUAAGCUCCCUGCUAAAAAUAAUUUGCUCCAAAGACAAGAAUACACUAAAGCAUUGUCAUUAUUGUUUGUUUGUUUGUUUGUUUGUUUGUUUGUUUGUUUAUUUACUUGUACGCCACCUUUUUUCCUGACAGGACUCAAAGCAGCUUAAAGAUAAAAACAACAACCUCUAAAGACAUAAAUUGAUUGUGGAAAUACAAUUAAACAUUGAUAGAAUUAAAACUAUACACGUAUAUAAAGUCUGUUUAAAACAUAUCAAUAAUUACAAUAAAAACAGCACAGCACAAGCCCUUUCAUUAAAAGCAGUUAGUUCCUGAAAGCCUGUUGGGGGAAAAAGUCUUCACCUGCUGGUGGAAGGAGAACAAGGAGAGAGACAGUCUAGCUUUUCUAGUGGGGAAGUUCCAAAGUUUGGGAACAGCCACUGAGAAGGUCCUCUCUCGCAUCCUACCAAGCAUGUCUAUGAGGGUGGUGGGACCAAGCGAAAGGCUUCCCCCAAAGAUCUCAAAACCUGGGCAGGUUUGUAUGAGGGAAUAAAGCAUGGUUUUUUAAAAAAUAAAUAAAUCUUCAUUUGGCAUUUCAAUUUUCAUUGAAAACGUCUUGGGUCCUGUAUACGUUACUGUUUUAAAACAACAAUGAGGUUAUAUUUUUAAGCUGCAUUUCAAAUUUCAUUUUUCUGUCAUUGUACACAUCAGAAUUGUUGAUUGUGUUUCUAAUUUGCCCACUGUCUGUCCACACCGGGGUGUGGAGAGGGAUGUGGAUGUAUUCAUUUGGCUUACAUUUUCAGAUUGGAUUGAAGCUGGUUUGGGGGGGUUGCACUUCCAAGUGUAGCGUUUGUCAAGAGACAACAGGAUAGAUGUAUAUUGUGGCUAAUGCUGUGUACAGACCUGCAAUCAGAGUGCACUGGAUACAUAAUAAGCGGGAGAGUUACCAUUUACUCAGGCUUCAGUGCACUCCUACUUCUGGUGUUUGAGGCCGAGUGCACAUGAAGUUAGCUGCAAUCCGAACGCAUCUUGCAGUUUCUAGAGAAAUCCUGUUGUUUGAUGCAUUUCCCCUCAAAUCAGCUUCCACCCAAUUUGAAUUUGUCGGCUGCAGAUAAGCUGCGGUGGGUACAUUUGAGACAGCUGUUGUCCAUGCGCAGAUGUCAGCACAUGUGUAGACGACAGCUUCAUUGACUAGACGUUUGCCGGGGAGAGGGGGGAAAGUUGCUGGUAUGGGAAAAUAAAAAAGGAUGAAGACAUUCCCACCCCCCUACCUCUCUGUGUGUAGAGAGUAAUGUAAAAAUAUGACUUAGAAUAUGGGGGGCGGACGGUGCGGUGACCUUGCAGCAUUUUAAGCUGCUAAUGUGUAUGUGUCUGCUUUAGCAUAUGUACUAGGUGAGCCUCAUUGGGGAGGGCAUUUCAUAACUGAGGCACUACUUUUGAAAGGCCUUUUCCCUAGUGGCCACUUGCCUCAUCUCUUUAGGUGGAGAAAGGCUUCUGUCUUCAGGUCCCAUUGUUGGUCUGUGAGGUUCUUUCUUAUAUUGGAUGGUUUGUAGGCUUAGGGCUAUUGGAAAAGACUGAGAAAGAGCUCUGCUAUUUGCAAAGUUCUCUACUUGUGUUGAUAGGCUGCACUGUAGUAUAUUUCACAUGCAAAGUCAGUGCAAAUGUGAAACACCUAUUGCCCAGAGAGGAUGAGAGAUUACAUCAAAUUAAAUUGCACAAAAUGACUUUAAGCUCCUUGCCUCUCCUGCAGUGUUGAAGCUUCCACUGUUAUAAGCUAGGUCGUCUCUGGAAGUAUAAAAUAACAAAUGUAAUACAAAAGUUAAUUCUAUGCUCUUUCCCUCUCCAGGUCCAGAACAUUCAUGGAGCAUUCAAUGCAUUGGAGGGAGCAGACAAGCUCAGCUCAAACCGUACGUACACUGUGUUUUGCAGGGUCUUACCUGGGGUUAGUAAAGAUACCUUGAUUGGCAAGACUGGUAGGAGCUAGCCAAAUUUUAUUUAAUUCCAGGGACAUGAAAACUGUGUACACACCAUAUAUUUAAAAGGUAUGACUUUCCCCAAAUAAUCCUGGGAACUGUAGUUUGUCAAGGGUGCCAUGUGAGUAGUAAACUAUAGUUCCCAAGACUCUGCCGGGGUGUGUGUGUGAGUCAUGUGCUUUAAAUGUAUGGUAUAUACACAGCCAAAGAGUGUACGGCUCUUUAGAGACUAACAAAUUUUAUAAACUUUUUUGUGAACUAGGGGCUGUAAUGAAAGGCAUACAUGGUGAUAAGUGGGAGGGGGUGGGGAGAGAAUAGUAGGCAGUGAGGUCAUAGAGAAGUGAAAUGCAAAAAAGGGCAGACAGUGACAAUCCAGUUAGAGCUAGAAUAUAUGUAUGCAAGAUAAGGACGGUGACCCUUUUACAGCGGUAGUCAUAGGCGAUAAAACAAUCAGCUUGGUAGUGAUGAGGUAAUUGACAUCUGUAGUGGGAAAGGAAACCGUUGUCUCUGUUCAGACCCACCCUUUGUGUGCGUGUUUGGGGUGCGUGUGUGUAUAGAUAGACCGAUGUAGUCUGCAACUGAGGAUUACGCUGCAUACAUCUGACGAAGUGGACUCUAGUCCACAAAAACUUGCGUCAAAUCUUGUUAGUCUUUUUACCAUGUCAUCAGACACCUUUAUCUUUUUACCAUGUCACAGCAGACUAGCACUGCCACCCCUCUGAAAAUUCUUAGUCUUUAUUUAUGUUCUUUAUAUAGCUGGGUUGUUAUCAAAUAAUAUUACAGUGGCUAUAGGGAUAAAUUAAUUUGAUUUCCCCUUUUCCCUGGCUAUAGAACAGAGAGGCCCAGAUUAAAAAACCCAUAGUUUGCCUGCUUAUAACAAAAGUUACAGGGAACAGUUGGUCUUCUAAAGUGUUGGUGUGCUCCUCCGCCAUGGAUAUAGAAUUCCUAAACAUCCUAGAGACUCUGGGCACUGAGUGGUCUAUGUGAACCUGACUGAUCUUUUAAGUUCAGCUUCAGAGGCCCUGCUGUGGCUGUUCCUUACCCUCCAUAUUUUUUAAUGUAUUCUUUCUUAGCAGUUUAAUUUUGGCUGUAUAUAACCAUUCUGGUGACUUUUAGUGGAAAAGUAACUUGAAAAUAUUUGAUAUAAAUACCUAGAUACAGAAAGGAGGCAGGGCAAAGAGAGACAGACUUGCAAGGUUUUUAAGAGCAUCUGUGUCAUAGCCAGGAAAUGAGCCUGAUCCUAACCAACAUCUUAAUUUUUGGUAUUUCCUUCCUUGGUGUUUACUUAUUGGCUGUCAUGAGUUAGUCUAAAUUGGGCAUGUAGAACACUUCUGCAGUCUGUAUGUGCUGCUCUACAUCUUAGCAUCGCUUGCAGUGUAUUUCCUACUCCAUGAAACACACAGCAGAGGGAAACUCUGGCCCCCUAUUUCCCUCUCUGCCCCAUGAAGUUGUAUUUAAAGGCUUUAUCCCAGGACAUUCUUUCUCUGUGCUGUCAGGUGCUGUUGAGACUGAGUGGUUGCUUUCCUACUUUUGGCUUGAUUAUCCAUGAAAGCAACCAUUGCCAAGGAUACAAUAUAUGAAAUAAAAAUAGUGCUUGAAUGUUUUAAUCCCAAUGGGAAGGACUGAGUGUAGGGAAAUAAACUAUAUAGUGUGCCAGUCCUCUCUCCAACCUGGAGUAUUGUGCUCAUGCUAUCAGCCAGCCCUCGGAGGAAACUAAUUUUCUAGAUCCAUUUCAAUUGGGGCUUAGGUCCAGUUUUGGCACAGAAACUGCUUUGGUCACCCUGUAGGAUGCCCUCUGUUAGGAGAGGGACAGGGGAAAUGUGCCCCUGUUAAUUCUCCUCGAUCUCUCAGUAGCUCUUGAUACUAUUGACCAUAGUAUCUUUCUGAUUGACUGACUGAUUGAAUAUUUAAUUUCUAUACCACUUAAUAUAUUAAAAAUAUCUCUAAGCAGCAUACAAAAAACUGAAGCAGCAAUAGAGAACUUAAAACAAAAUGUUACAAAAAUACACAGUCACAUAUGAAAAUGUUAAUGCAAAGUUAUUAAUAUCUAUCAAUCAAUAUCAAUUCAUUUUCCUUCUGACACACCCUCCCUCAGCCUUUGGGUUCUCAUCCAUUGUCCAAACAGACUCUCAGCUCACCCACAAAAAUCUCACAACAAUCAUACAAUCAUAGAAUCUUAGAGUUGGAAAGGACCCAAGGGUCAUCUAGUCCAACACCCCGCAAUGCAGGAAUACCAGAAGAGUUCCUGGUAACAGCAGACAUCGCCCUAGUCUCUCACUGUAGAUUUGCUUUUUCUGGGCAGGCCCAAGGUGGGUGGUACUUCUCAGACUGCCCACAACUGUGCCCCAUUCAUUCUGGAGUGACUGUCCAAGUUGGGGGGUGGGUGCCACUGCUUCUGGUAAACUUUAGUAGGGUUGUAAGCGCCAACUUGCCAAUGGUUGCCCGUACCAGCUUUUUACAGUACAGUGGUACCUUGGGAUGCAAACGGGAUCCAUUCCAGAGCCCCAUUCGCAUCCUGAAUGGAACGUAAGACGUGAUGGUGCGUCUGUGCGCGCCGCAUUUUGCUGCUUCUGCGCAUGCGCGUGACAUCAUUUUGAGCAUCUGCGCAUGCGCGAGCAGCGAAACCUGGAAGUAACGCGCUCCGUUACUUCCCGGUUGCCACAGAGCGCAAACCCAAAAGCGCUCAACCUCAAGCACAUUCAACUUGAGGUAUGACUGUACAUCAAAAAGGUGCAGUGAGUGUCUUGAACCAUCUGCUAAUUUUUUUAAAAAAAAAAAGGGGUUGUGGCACAUUCCCAAAGUCCUGUUUGUGUACCUUCCUAUCUGUGGACUGAGUAUGUUCUUCUGUGUGUUGGUCAGGUACGACUUCUGUGUUGAGGAAAAUGCAGAAGGACAAAAGUGUAUUGUUCCCUGCAAGGAAUGAAUUGGCUGGGUUAAGCCAAAUUCGAUUUAAAAAAGAAAAAGCUGCACUUUUAAAGCUGCCUAUUUCAGAAGUGCCUGGUGUGCUUUGGUCCAUGGGGUCACGAAGAGUCGGACACGACUAAAUGACUAAACAACAACAACAAUUUCAAGGAGGCAUUUCUGAGCAUAGUCUUGUGCUGUGACUUUUGGGGGGUUUCAGCUUUCUCUCUUGUUCACGCAGCCCUUGCAUCCUAUGAUUAUAUAUUGAAAAUUGUUCCCACGGUGUAUGAAGACAUGAGUGGCAAGCAACGGUACUCGUACCAGUAUACUGUAGCCAGUAAGGUAAGCAUGCAGUAGUAUAUCCUUUGCUAGAAAGUGCUUGAUGAAGCACACCCUACUGGACGAGCCUUCUGUUGCAGGUCCCAUUUCCACUGUCGCUCUUACUUCUGUUGUGCUUCCUUGUGCUUGAAGUGAGUGCAAUAGCAGCCCCUGCUGGAAAAGCGAAGCACUGAUAAUGAAACAGAGGUGCCAUUGCAUACUAAGGAUGUUUGACGAAUUUGAUCUGAUCUGAUCCACAACUCCUAGGUUGAAACUUCGUAAUCCACCAGAUGCAGUUCUCUGCUCAAAAAGCUUACCAAAAUACAUACGCUGUAUCUAAAUAGAUUUCCUGUUUUGAAAGAAAAUAUUUUAGAAGUGCAUGUUUGGAGAGAAAGUAGGUUUCAAAACUACACUUUGAAAUGUGUUCAGAUGUGCAUUUUCAUGUAGCUAUUUUAUGGCUGAUUAACGCAGAAUGGGACAGAAUGGACUGACAGGUGGAUACCCGUGAAAGAGACACAGACUGGAAACAGACUGAUUCACCUAUUUCCUACUUCUUGGUUUGCUAUUGGUAAUCCUGUAUAGCCAGUGUAGGGAAUCUUGGGCUCUCCAGAUGCUGCUGAACUACAACUCGCGCCAUUCCUGGUCAUGCCGUGGUUGCCAGGGCUGAUGGAAAUUGUAGUUCAGCUGUCUGCAGAGGUUCCCCACCCCUGACGUAUGCCUAAAGCAUGGUUGGAUUCAUGAAUCUUAGGGGAGUUGUAUAUAUUCUAUUCCCAUUACUUACCUCUCAGCUCCCAACUUUUCAAGCAGUAAGGCAAUAUAAGGUUAAGGGUCUGGAGCAAAAUGGCUUGUUUUCGAAUGGAGGAGGUUAACACCUUUUUAGUGUGCUUACUCUUUUCAUUCCAGCUUGAAUAAGUUGCGAUAGAUACCCACACGUGGUGUUUCUUUUGAUGUGACAUGUUUUCAGAAUAUUGAGCUGCUCAUAAUUUUUCAUGCUGUUUUCUUUUAUACAUCAAGGUCUCCAAAUGUGGGCUGGGUGUGCAUGAAUAUCCAAGUGGGGUGGCUGCUAAAUAUAAGCUCAGGAAGGAGCAGAAAGGUUUCUUGAAUCUAUCCCAAUUGGAUGGGAUUCAGGGGAAAAAAUGAAACUGUUUUUUCUCAGUCUCGAGGUAGUCUCAUGUUUGCCACAGGGUUCUUUUUGAGGGGCAGGCAUGAUUCUCUCUACUUCUAGUAUAAGAUAGUAACCUUAUUCUGUUGUCCUUUACCUUUUAUUAAUGGCCAUUUUGAACAGACAUUUUAGAAUGUGCAAUGAGCUGGUCAUUUGUCCCACCACUAAUCCAUUAUGAGCUAGUGUAACAUAAUGGCUAAGAGACUGAUCUGUAAACUACAAAGUCCCUAGUUCAAAUUUCAGUUCUGCUAUGAGCUCCUUAGGUCAGGGGUGGACAACUUGCGGCCUGAGGGCCACAUAUGACUCUUUGACUAAUUUCACGUGAGUGGCAAUGAGGGAAAAUCCGAGAGGGAAAAGGGGUGACAGAUAUAAAAUGAGAUGCCCCAGCCUCUUUUUACUCUAGCCAACACCAGAUUCUGCUCUGCCCUCAAGAAAUUAUCCCAAAAGGAAUACAACCCUCAACAGAAAAAUGGUUCCACAUCCCUGUCUUAAGUAAUCUUAGGCAAGCCACUGGUUCUCAGCUGGCAUCACCAAACCCUCUCCAAAUGGAGAUUAUAACUCAGUUCUACCUUAUAUGAAUCUUUUUCAGGAAUACGUAGCAUACAGCCAUACAGGCCGCAUCAUUCCAGCCAUCUGGUUUCGAUAUGACCUGAGUCCUAUCACAGUGAAAUACACAGAAAGGCGACAGCCCUUGUACAGGUUCAUCACAACAGUAAGUUUCCAUUACAUCAUGUUCUCUAUUUCUCCGUAGCUGACUCGUCUUAUAUAUGUGUGCAUGCAAGUGCAGCUCAUGUGACAGGGUCAGAAAAGAACCAUAAUACCGAACUCGAUGACCAAAGUUCUUUAUCCAGGUGAAGAGCUCUUGUCUUUUGCACAGUCUGGGCUCUGGUAUUAAGUGCCUUGUUUUAAUGGUACCAGCCCUUUUCUAUUGCUACUAGAAAUUGCCCAUCAGGAUAGAUUCAUGCCUUGUAUACACAAGCUGCGCACUUCCACCAUUUUGAGACGCCAGCCAUCUUUUUAAGAAUGGACACUGGAGUGGGGCAGGCAGGGCUUUAUAUAUUAAGAUGUAGUUAUCCAGCCCAGCUCAAUGGCUCUCUGGGCCGCCGUCAGUCCUGCCGUCCCAGUCUUUGCUAACGCUGCCUGCUUGCCCUUCUGCAUCAUGGUUGCCUUGGAGACUGGCUAGCCGUCAUUGCUGUGGAGAGGCUGCAGCCUUCUGGCCCAGCCAGAGAUUAUCCACUUGUGGCAGCUGGAGUUAUUGUCAAGAGGGGCAGGCCUCAGAAGCACCCUGAAUCUUGUUAAGCAGCAGAUGCUUAGUUAAAAGCUACAAAGGAGGCCCAUGGAAGGAGCACCUGCUGUUCCUUUUGUUGGGUAGCUUGUUUACCAGGCUGCACCCAUACAACUGUCACAGAAACACUGAAGUGUUUUUAAAUGUGUUCUCAUGAGCAUAGGUGGGAAAAGACCCUACCAGGCCGUGAGAGAAUUUAUCCAGGUUUGGAAAUGUAAAACUUCCUAUUGUUACCUCAAAAGGGAAUGGACCUUUUUAGUGUCUCUCUCUGUGGGAACUUUAAGCAGGGCUGUCAGGAGGAAUAGUGUUGAUGUUCAUGUAUGCCUGGUCAUCUGGGUGCGGCUCUGUGGCAUUUUGUGUGUAUUUGUUUAUAGUAGGAGUGACAUAAAUGUGCGGACUGGCUGUUUUGGAUACAAUUUCCAUUAUUGUUCUUAAUGCACACAAAGGGUUUGUCUUGGUGCACACAAAAGCUGUUAGUAAAAUAGUUGGGGAAGGAACAGCGCCACUAAACAAAAGUGUUGUUGUACCCACAUAUUUGCUGGUUAUAUAUAAGAGGAAUGAGAGUUGUCUACUACUUCUGGAUUUAUUUUAUUUUUAUUUAUUAAAACAUUUAUAGACCACGCUUUUAUAAAAACACAGCAAGGUGAUAUACAGCAUACAAAAUUACAAUUGGAUAAAUAAAAACAUCAGUGAAUACAUCAAUAAACACUGGUUGGUAAAAAUAAAUUCACAUUGCAAAGGCCUGCCUGAAUAACACAAGUUCUUUAAGGAGACAUCUAAAAGAUGGCAGGGAUGAGUCUUGCCAACACUUUACUGGCAGGAAAUUCCACCAAAAUAUGUGUAGCCAAGUACAAAAUGGGUAAGAUGAGACCAUCUGUUGUCCUUUUGAGUAGUGAGCGCUCAGCACCAAGCACUAAAAGAUGCAUCACUUGUAUGCCUUAUUUUCUGGAACCAACAAGGCACAGCUGUCUAGACCAAGGGGGUGCAUCCACAAAACCUCAUUCCUAGCCUCUUUGAUGAGAGUUUUUAUUUCUCUUAAAGAAGGAGGAGGAGGAGGAUUCUGCCUUCCCCUCUCUCAAUUGCUGAAUGCGUCUACCUUUGAUUUUUUUUUUUAAGUGCAUGCAGGGAAGGCAGAGACUAAGCAGAUGCCAGGUAUGUGUGAGUCAUAAGUAAUCAGUGGUGCAGAGCCGCACAGAUGAAUAUGUUUUUCUCUCUGUGUGUUUUUCUUGUAUUUGCUGCUCUGAAGUCAUAUUUUCCUGCCCUCAAUGCAAAAAGUACAUUCCCUCCUCCCUACUUGCGGUAUAAAACGUCUUGUGUCAGCUGAUCCGCAUGGAUUGAAAUUACCCAACUCAUUCUGGUGUCAUUCUCCCUGAAAAGUAAGUUUGCAUCACUGUAAGAGGAGAACAGGGUGGGGGCAAGGGAAAUAACAGAAACAGAGGAGUGAUGGUGGAAGCCAUACCCAUUUCUUUUUUAAAAAAGAAAUUGAGUUGUACAGGGGUUUAUUUCCUCUGCCUUCUUUGUGGUUUUCAGUUCUGAGAAUGUCAGCUGUGCUGCGGAAAAUAAAUUUACCUAGACUUUUUGUAACUGAAACAUCUUCCCAUUUUGCUGGGCUCAUUGGACACAUAUACCUAAGUUUAAAAUACACAUAGAAAGGAGCAAUUCCUCCCUCGCUGCUGCUGCUUGCUAUUAAAGUCCUGUUUACUCAUGCUUCCUAAUUCCAUUUCAAACUUGGCCACUGUUCUCUUUGUCUGCUGUCCCCUGUGUCACAUGCUAAUAGAUCUAUGUGGUGACAAGGGGGCUUGGCUUCCCCUCUGUGAAAGGUUUACAGCUCAUUUUAUUGAUCUGCUUUACAGCCCAAUCCUAUAAUAUCUCCUGCUAUUAAGUUCAUUGGGACUUACUUUCAGGUAAUGUGCACAGGAUUGCAGUCUCAAAGGAGUAAUUCCUUCCUGAAUGUCUUGUUUCCCAUCUGUCCAAAGUCUAUUCUUCUUGAGUUUUACUGUCCCUAGAACAUAAUCCUUGACCUCCUGUUUCUUUAUUUUGAGAAUUUCUUGAGCUUUUUUCUCACCUGGAUUAACUCUGCUUAUAUUUUGCUACUCAUCCAUUUUAAAUCUCACUUGUCCUGGGCGGGGAACUGUGGGUAUCCCCCAUCGGCCAUAGCCAGCGUGGCCAAGGGAUGGUAAGAGUUGCUGAGGUCCACAGGGAGACUCACCUUCGCCCUCUGUUAAAUAUAGUGGCUGAAGUGUUGGAUUUGCCUUGAAACAUAAUCAUUUCCCCAUUUGGGAAAUCUGAAAAAAAUCCCAACAUCAAUCUGCUAUGAAGGUGCUUGAGAUAAGGACUGUAUGGUGCUGUGCACACUAGAAGCAGAUAACUGAUAAGGAAGUUAAGAAGAUAUGAGGGUUCAGUGUGCAGAAGAAGCCACAGCGUGGUGAUUAAGCUCACAAGCUGGAGGAGGAGAGGGCAGAGGGUGAAGAAAGAGCUGUGAGUGUGUGGGGGGGUGCACUUUCCCCAUCCCCUGGGAAACUCAACAAACUUGCUGUACCUGGAACUGUGUGUGGAGAGUGCAGCUGAAUGGGACACAGCUGUGGGUGGCCUGAGGAAGUACCAUCCACCUUGGGCCUGCCCAUAGAAAGCAAGUCUUGAAAGAGAGAGACUAGGGUGAUGUCCGCUGUUUCCAUGAACUCUUGUCAUUGUGAGACGUUUGUGAGAGUUUGUUGGACCCUGGGCGAGAACCAGGAAAUAAAUUCAUCAUAGGAUCAGCACACCCGUCGCAAACACAUCCAAUAUACUAAUAGUGAAUUCAUUCUCCAGAUGCUGUUCCUAGGGCAGCUUCUAGGAGCCAAAAGUGCCCCCCACCAGAGGUACUACCCCUCCCCUAACACCCCAUGGUGGACUAGGUGGGCCAUUUUGCCUGAUCCAGCAGGCUCACCUUAUGUUCUUAUGACAAAAGUUAAAGGGUAGAAAACGGAGGAUUGAGCCAAGAGCAGUGAGGAUUUGUUUAGGGGUGCGAUAACUAAUAACAAGGUCAUCCUUUUUUUGUCAUGGUAUUUAUGAAUAGGCUGUGGAUCUGAAUGUGGGAAAUGGGGUUCUACUUCUUGCUCAGCUCUCUGAAUGAACUUACACUUAGCUUUAGGUCUCUUCCUAGCUCGGUCAGUAGAGCAUGAGACUGUUAAUCUCAGGGUUGUGGGUUUGAGACCCGCGUUGGGCAAAAGGCUCCUGCAUUGCAGGCAGUUGGACUAGAUGGCCCUCGUGGUGCCUUCCAACUCUACAGUUCUACGAUUCUAUAGGCUGCCUGAAAAUAGCUAAAUGGAAACCAAGGAGGACCUCCGUACGCUUGAGGACCAAAUUGAUCUUCCCUACACCAACCCGUUUUUUUGUUUCUUUCAACGUGUCAGAUUUGUGCCAUCGUUGGAGGAACCUUCACAGUGGCUGGGAUUCUUGAUUCCUGUAUUUUCACUGCCUCUGAAGCCUGGAAGAAGAUCCAGCUAGGGAAGAUGCAGUAACAAAGCAACUCUCCUCCAGGUCCUGUGAGAAGAAGCAAAGAAUAAAAACGUCACUGCUAUCCAUUUUCCUCCUUUGUAUCGUUUUCCAUUGGUACAUGCCACUUUAAUUAGUUAAUUGAAGACUUUGUAAAAGAGCAAACAAAUCUAGUAGAGCAAUCCUAACAAGGGGCUGGGGAGGUAUGGAGCAGAGGACCCACCCGGUGUUACAUCCAAAGAUCUACCAGCCCUGAAACACACCUUUGGGGCUUUCUAUGCCCUACUGCAAUCGAAAGUACUGUCAGUGGGAGAUGACCAUCUGCCUGGCAUAGCUUGGAACUCAGCUAUGGCAGAGCCCCCCCAGCAACACUCCUCUCUGCUGGCAAAAGCCACUGGUGAGGAAUCUAUGCAGCAUUCUAGCCCUCUCCCGCUACUCUGCCAGCCAUCAAAAUGUAAGGUUCAGAUUGCACUCUGUGUGUCUUGAAAGAUGGCAGCAUUGACAGGUGGGUGGGGCUUCCUACACUACAUCCUCUGAAAAUGAUUUUUGUUGUAAAACCAAAUCCUAUGGAUCCGACUAGUAUAAUUAUUUUUAAAUUCUCACAGGUGCUGGUCAAGGCGAAAACUAAUUAUGCAAAGUAGAUUUUUCUUUUCAAUCAAAAUGGACAAUCAUGUUGUCUUUGUCAAAAAUUGUGCAUGAAAAACCCUAGCCUGGAUAUUGAGAUCAUUCUGAACAACAGUAAAAUAGAACAAUAUAUUUCUAUUAAUCUUCCGGAUGUUAAAAUGGUUUCUCUUCUUUUCAGAAACUGAACAGUGUUAGCAUUUAUAGAUGGCAUAAGGCAGCAGGACAAAAGCAGAACGAAUGAAUUGAGAACUGCAAUAUGCAGCAGAAGAUGAUUAUCGCUAUUGCUGCAUUUUUUUUGUUACUUCCUUCUGCCUUUUGAAGCAUUUACUACCCCACCUGCCCAGGUUAGAAUGUCUGGAUUGAAAGAGGAGAGAAUGAGGCACUCCAGUAACCUGGAUGGAUGAGCAUAAUUUUGAAAGACACAGAUGCCAAGAACAUAGGACUUGGCCCUCAGUGUGUGGAAUCCAAAUCCCUGUACAUAUUUUUCAAUUGUUUGCUUAUCUUUAAAAUUAUUUUAGAUUGCCAACAUUUGCCAAGGAGGAUAGGUACAGCCCUGUAAAAAACGAGACAAGGUUGCAGCACAGAUGUUUUCUACAGGUGCAUUUCAAUCUUAAGUAUAAAACAAUUGUUUGUGUGUGCCUGCAAUGAUUGGGGGAAAGGCAGAAAUACUGCUAGUAGUAGUUUUUAAUAUGCUGUUGACAUUGAGAACUACAGCAAGAUCUAUAAUUUCAAUAGACCUCAAAUAGUCCUUUGAUAUAUGAAUCAAGUGAUAAUUAGUUGCAUGCUUUGUACAUUUUAUAUCACCUAGAUAUGAAUGCACAUUGGCUGUGUGUUCUCUAGGUUUUGCUGCACUUCUUAAAAUAAACACUAAGAAUUUCCAUGUUACAGUUUGGGGGAGGGUAUUUUGUUGCUGGAAUAAUGUGUGAUCUUUUAAGGGUGACCUUUGAAAAAUGUGGAAGUGUCAUAUCAAGACACUGUGACUAAAUGACACAAAUCUGCACGUUUACUUGGAAGUAAGUCUAAUUGAAUUCUAUGGAGUUUACUUUUAGGUAAAAGGAUACAGAAUUACAGCAGGGAUGGUGAAUCUUUGACCCUCCAGGUGUUAUUCGGCUACAACUCACAUCAUCCCUGACCACUAGCCAUCUCUUUGGUGGUGGGGGGGGGGGAGGGAGCCUGACCCAGGCCAUGCCAUUUGGUAGGGGAUUUCAUCUGAUAUUGGCAGCCGUGGCUAGCAGCACCGCCACCUGGCCAGCCCUGCUGUCAACCUGCCAAGGCUCUUCACAUCCUCCCUUCCUAGAGGGGAGGCAAGGAGCUGGAAGAGCCUUACCGCUGCUGCUGCUGCUUUCAGUGUGGUGGCACCACCACCACAACAAAACUAAGCCAGGGGAGGGGCUGCCAUGGCCACCAUCACCAGGAAGAGGAAAAGGGGCAAGGUGAGGGCAACGAGGGGCCCCACAUCGUGAUUUGUCACAGGUCCCACACACCCCUAUAGUGGGUUCACCUGGCUGGAGCUGACAAAAGUCCAUCUGGAGGGCCACAGGUUACAUCCCCCCACCCCUGGGAUUACAGCCUUCAUCUGCCCAGUAUGUGUGUGUGAAAAUUUCACUCUGCUAUGGUGUUGGAAAGAUAGCAAAUUUUCUCUGAUUGCAAUUCUCACUGAUUCCCCCCCUCCUCAACAGCCCUUUCUUCACUGAUUUUGAAUCCUUCAUGCUUUUACAAUGUUGAUAAAACAUCUUUAGAAUUCCCCCUAUCUUUCUUACGAAAUGAUUUGUUAUAUUGGUGUAAAACUGGAUCUUGUAACUUCCUGUAUCUUGUUUAAUAUUUGGAUGGAUUUUAUACAUUUUUUUUCCAUUUGCAAAAAUCAAAUUGAAAAUAAUGCAUGAGUGUUC